AUGCUUCCUACAGCAAGCCUCCUCGCGGGGUAUGCUCCAGAAAAAAAUGAAAUGUCAGCUGUUCACUGUCAAAGAAGAUUCCAAGAAACCCAGAUUGGUUUCUAUUUCAAAACAGGAACGAUACAAUCCAGCAUGCAAGUACCCAAUAUGUCAAUUUACGUCAACUGGAAUAUCUUGCGUUGGUAGGCGAGGCAAUUAAGUUCUUGAAGAAAAAAAAAAUGGAACAAUUUUACAGCAAUAAGAGUUGUAGAAACGUAAAGGGACAAAAACAACUGAUGUUGUGGCCAUAACUACUAAAUAGAGUUUGCAACAGUAUUCCCCGGUAUUCACACUAUGUACGUCUUUAAACAAUAAGACACAUUGGUGUGAGUAUCAUUGCUGUGGAGCUCUGUUAUAAACCCAGACACACAAACAAUAUGGAGUUCCUGGAAAAGAGGGACAUUAUUAUAAAAAGGGGUGAUUUGGGACCAAAAUAGGGACUGUUUCUUAUAAAUAGGGAAGUAUGCAGAUUAAUGUUUUUGUCAUUUGCACUUGGAAUUGUACAUGUUCAGGAUGCUUUCACAUGUCAAACUUCUUAUACUUUGUGUAUUAGUGUGUGUGCACUAGCACUAGCACACACAGAGAUCUUUAGGAAGCAUUUACAGUCUAAGAGAUGAAAGCACCUGUUACUGCUAUAAAAAUAUACAUUUACACGUAUUAAGCUUGUGGUUUAACAGUCCGUUUAAGGAUAUCUCUAUGUUUAACGCUCAUUCAGUGUCUCCUUUUCUAAUGAUACCGCCUCCCUUCAUCAUGUCUCGAUUGGAGUCCCCCAGGGCUCUGUCCUUGGUCCCCUUCUAUUUUCUCUUAAACUGUCUCUCUUGGCAAACUUAUUACCUCAUUUGGAUUCCAAUACCACCUGUACGCUGAUGACAGUCAGAUAUACUUCUCCUCCCCGUACCUCUCCUGUGCUGUCCUGCAACGUGUCGCUGCUUGCCUUUCUUCCAUUUCUGAUUGGAUGUCCUGCUUUUUAAAACUCAAUCCCUCUAAAACUGAACUCCUUGUCUUUCCUCCUCCUAAUAUUGAUCCCCCUUUUUCGCUCUCCCUUCAAGUGAGUGGUGCCCACAUCAGUCCAUCCUUGCAAAAGAGCUGUCUUGGCGUUCUACUUGAUUCUGAGCCUCACAUCCAGUCUGUUACCAAAUCCUGUAGAUUCCAUCUUAAAAACAUAGCCCGCAUCUGCCCCUUUCUUACACAAGAUGCUUGUAAGGAGUUUGUCCAUGCUCUAGUAAUCUCUUGCAUGGAUUAUUGUAACUCUCUCCUAAUGGUUCUUCCCACAAGUCAUAUUGCCCUGCUACAGUCUGUAAUGAAUGCUGCAGCCAGACUGAUUUUCCUCUCUAGUCGGUCCUCUCACACCUCUCCCCUCUGUCAGUUCUUACAUUGACUUCCUGUAUCCUAUAGGAGUCCAUUCAAGGUACUAAUCCACACCUAUAAUGCAAUGACCAAUUCUAGCCCCUCCUAAAUUUCUUCACUGAUCCACAGGUAUGCCCUUUCUCGGUCUCUCCGCUGUGCCCGUGACCUUCUCCUGUCUCCUGUUCGCACCCGUACAGCCAACUCACGCUUGCAGGACUUCUCGCUGGCUUCUUUCCUUUGGAAUAGCCUGCCCACGACCAUCAAGCUCUCCCCUAGUCUUCAAUCAUUUAAAAAGUGCCUCAAAACCCAUCUCUUUAGGAAAGCUUAUGGCCUCCCAGAGUAACCUCUACCUCACAUACCUGUCCCUUGCUCUCUCCUAAAGGGCAGCACUCUAUUCUCUCCUCCAGCUCUGCUUCACUCCCACCUUGCUUGAUUGCCAACUCCUGUCCUGUUGGGUUUUACGCCCCACCUCCUAUAGACUGUAAGCUCUUGUACGUUUUUGUAAUUGUCUCAUUUAUUGUUAAAUCUCCCCCUUUGAUAAUAUUGUAAAGCGCUACGAGAUAUGCUGGUGCUAUAUAAAUACCAGUAAUAAUAAUAAUAAUAAUAAUAAGAGAGCUGACCCUGAGACAUUUGAAAUGCAAGUUGCUCCUUUACACUGAUUUUACAUACUCCGUGCAAAGAAUAGCUAGAACAUCCUUCUAAAUGCUUCAUAUACAGAGUUUUGUCAGAUAACUUAGAGUGUGUGUAUAGUAAAUGUUCCUCCAUUUUGACAAAUUCAAAUUUUGUCCUUUGUUUAAAUAUUCUUGCUAUUUUGCAUAUUUUCUGUUCUGACCUUGCAUUGGGACUUUAGAUUAAAAUUAUAUAAAGUUAAAUCUCUCUCUCUAUAUAUAUGUAUGUGUGUAUAUAUAUAUAUAUAUAUAUAUAUAUAUAUAUAUAUAUUUAUAGUUUUAUUUUUGAUGCUCCUGUUCCCAUUGAAGGCACUUUCGGCAGUGGAUGAGUCAUCAUGGGCACUCUGGUGUGCCUACCCAGCCCCAUAUGCUGCAAACUGAGAUGCAUAUGACACCUUACUAUCAUGUGUUUUGACACCUUUAUAUUAUGGCAGCCUUAAAUUUUUUAGCAACUUGAGCUACAGUAGCUCCUCUGUGUGAUCGGAGGGCGCCCAUGACCUUAAUGCCGGUUGAACAGUUGUCCAUCCUUGCACUACUUUUGUUAGGGUAGGUACUAACCACUGCAUACUGAGAACAUCCCACAAGACUUGGGGUUUUGGAGAUGCUCUGACCCAGUCCACUAGCCAUUACUUUUUGGCCUUGUCAAAGUCACUCAAAUUAUUUUGGCUUGCCCACUUUUCCUGCUUCCAACACAUGAAAUUCAACAACUGACUGUUCAAUUGCUGCCCAAUAUAUCUAAUCCCUUUUACAGGUGUCAUUUUAACAAUAUAAUGUUUUUUACUUCACCUGUCAGUGGUUUCAAUGUUGUGGCUGACCAGUGUGUAUACAUACAGUGAAACCUUGGAACUUGAACUUAAUCCGUUCCAGAAGGCUGUUCAAGUUCAGAUUUGUUUGAGAACCGAAUCAACAUUUCCCAUAAGCAUUAAUGUAAAUUUAAUUAAUCCAUUCCAGACCCCCAAAAUUACAGCAUUUUAACACAAAUUGUAAAGUUUAAUAAUGCCUUACAUGCAUAAAAUCAUAUUGAAAAAAAUAAUAAACACAAUGUACAAUAAAUGAAAAGAAAAUGUAACUUCACUUUACCUGUAAUGAUGAGAGUUGAUGGCGUAAGUGUUAAGGAGAAUAAAUAUUAUUGGUUGGAUGAGGAUAGGUAAUUUAAAUGUGUCUAAAGUGAGACAUAGCUUUAUAAUUGAACAUGUUUGUGGCAUGAUUUGUUCCGGUACCGAGAAUUGUUCGUGUACUGAGACAUAUUUUUUUUCCUCACAUUUUUUGUUCGACUACCAAAUUGUUUGGGAAACAGACUGUUCGAGUUCCGAGGUUCCACUGUGUAUAUGUAUGUGUGUAUAUAUGUAUAUAUAUAUAUAUAUAUAUAUAUAUAUAUAUAUAGUGAAUAUGUACAUGAGUGUGAGUGUGUACGUGUCUGUGUGUGCUGGGUAUAGGCCUUCAUGAAUAUCCUGUAACUCUUGAAUGGAAAUUCAGGCAUUCUUUAUAUCAAUACUCCCCCGUUCUAGCACCAUUUUCUGCACAGUUUGCUUGGGUUUUUUUUUUCUAUCUCUUCCUCCUCACUCUGUGAUCUUCGCAUAAGAUAUUUAUGACCCUCUGCAAGAAUGGUGUCUAUGUUCUAUCAAACCUGUGUCUUAUCUGCACUCAUGUCGCUUUAACCCCUGUAUCACAACUCAACUUUGAAUUCUAUGUGUCCCCUUGCACAUAAAUACUUCAGACUUGAGAAAGGGAGGUUCUCCUGAAAGCUUGUCACUAAAAAAUUCCUGUUAGUCCAAUAAAACAGAUAUUGUAAGAUACACAUUUUAUGCUUUAUUUUGCCUGUAUUUGUGGGAGGGGCUUAAAUUAAUUCACUCCCCUAUAUAAGGGACACCCCUUACCUGACUCAUAUCGCUUGAGGUCAGCAUCAGAAUGACCCUCCCACCCACUCUUCAUUUCAACACUUUCUCUUUUCUUUCCAUUUACUUUACUUUCUUACUCCUUGGUGGGCCCUCUUUAUUUACAGGCCUACCGUAUCGUCGGUAUCGGCACACCACAACCGACUUGCUCCCUUUACACUAUCCUAAGCUUAUGCUGGAUCCUUACUCCAUAUACGGCUAUUUUGCCCCUUACACAAAUAUUAUUAGCAUUUAUAUUAUGCCAACAUAUUCUGUAGGGCAAUUUUAGAAAUGGGUUUAUUAGAGGUAAAGAAGGCUCUGUUCAAAUGAGCUUAUACAUGAUGAGGAUUUGAGGUAGGGAGAUAUAUAUCAUUAAGUAUCUUCCCAAGGACACUUAUUGAUGAUGUGGUCUGACUGAGACUCUAACCAGCUGAUAUAUUUGCAUACACACAAUGCCAUGAGGAAUGCACCCAAUGUAUCUGCAUUACACUUGCCAUAGUGCUAGUCUCCUGCCAAUCUAUAUCCUCCAAGACGUAGUGUACUCACUGGUCUUUAUAAUGCAUAAUAAUGUAGAUUAAUGUAAAUUCCACGUAUAGACCUAUAUAUGGAAUAUUCAUUAAUAAACUACAUUAUUGUGGAUUCCAUUAAAUGUGCUCCUUCUGGGAAGAUAUAUACAUAAUAGUAAACAUAAAAUUACACAUGACUUUAUAUAUUAUUUUCUCUUUCUUAGUCAAGCAAAAGCCCCAUUUAGCUAUUGCAAGAAAAUACAAUGCUAUAUUACGUAGGAAAACUGCCAAAAGUGAUUUGUGAACACUUAAACCUUUAGUAAUGAAUAUGUAUGGAAAUUUAAACAAACACUGAUUCAAUCUGUUUCUAGAUUAGCAUUGCUUUCAGGAUAUGUCCAUGUAUGGGCACACCAACAUGUAGAAAACAUGUCCGGUAUCUGCAUUUUAAAAUUACAUCCAACAUGAUGUAAAACAUGUAUGUAUGUAUAUGUGUGUGUGUGUGUAUAUAUAUAUAUAUAUAUAUUGACUGAAGCAUAGUUUAAAAUUCCCUCUGGAAAAGCUGACCAUAUCUUAAAUAUAUCUUUUGUAUGUUUGCUUGUUUUUUGUAAUUUUUUUAUUUACUAGUUUGUUGGAUUAGAUGAGACUUCUGGCAUAACAGAUACUACAAAACAAGAAAGAACAUAUGAUGUUUCUAUAAAUGACCUUAUAAACACUUUAAGCUUGUACACACUGAUGUUUAUUUAAAAUAUUUACUUAAAAAUACUAAAUAUCACACCACCAGUAAUGGCACAGCUAAAAAGAAGGUUAAAGAGACACUUGUUCACCAAAACCACUUUAGCUUAAUGAAGCAGUUUUAGUGUAUAGAUCAUGCCUCUGCAGGCUCACUUCUCAAUGUUUUCCCAUUUAGAAGUUAAAUCACAUUUUUUAUACAGCUCUAGUCACACCCAGCGGUAUAUUUACUGCGAGGCUGACAAGGCAUUUGCCUUGAGCAGCACUUUCUGGGGGACGGCAAAAAAUGCCGCCACCCAAUCGCCCUGGCAAAUGCCUUGCCAGCCUUUUGUCCUGGGGGGCCCAGGAGCUGGCCCGCUGGCCACCUCUUGGCCCCCCCGAGGCUGGCAGUGGUGGCACUUUCUGGGCGGGCAGCGAGGGUGCACUGAUCCUCCCAUUCAGCUCCCUCGCGCGCACCGCAGUGAUGCUGGAGCCUGAAUAUGACGUCACUCCGGCCCCGGCAUCACUACGCGCCACACAAGGGAGCUGAACAGGCUGGGGGGAUUGAAUACAUUUUUUUUUUUUUUUUUUAAAUGUGAGUGUGUUAGUGAGUGUGUAUGCAUGUCUGUUAGUGUGUGUGUCUGUUAGUGAGUGUGUUAGUGUGUGUCUGUUAGUGCGUGUGUUUGUGUGUGUGUCUGUCAGUGAGUGUGUGUGUAUGUCUGUUAGCUAGUGUAUGUGUGUCCGUCAGUGAAUGUGUGUGUUUAUUUUGUAGAAGGCGGGGCGGGGGAAUUCCUGAGUUUUGUCAUGCCUAGAGCAGCACAAAACCAGGAUACACAACUGGUCACACCUCCCUGCAUGUGGCUUGCACAGCCUUCCUAAACACUUUCUGUAAAGAGACAUUUAAUGUUUACACUUCCUUUAUUGCACAUUCUUUUCAAUUUAGAUUUUCUUGUCUUCUACUUUGUUAUUAGCCUUCUAGACCCCGCAGGAGCCUCUUGUGUGUAAUUGACGUUCAAUUUACAAUGCUGAAGAUAAAAGCUUCUUAAGCCUGUUAACAUGUGACUGAAAAUGAAACCAUGUUUUCACGUUGGCUUUGCCAGUCAGAGCCAGGAGAGGAGUGGCUAGGGCUGCAUAAACAGAAACAAAAGUAAUUAAACUCCUAAAAUGGCUGAGAAUUGAGCAGUGAGACUGUAGGUCAUAAUCUAUACAUGCUUACUGCUUCGUUAAGCUAAAGGUUUUUUUUUUUUUUUUUAUGCCUAUAGUAUAUGCCGUCAUGUGGUGCAGUGCUUUAAUGCCCAGUGACAGUAUAGACCGUAAAAGUACCAGCAGGGGUUAAAUACCAAUCCCAAUUGUUAAAUCUCUGCUCACACCAGGAAACCCAGCUAUCAACAGAUACCUGGGGCUCCCCUCUGUCAGCUAGGGCCAUUUUUAGUGGGCUCCAUACUUUUUGAUGAGCUGUAUGCAGUGCUGAACAUGUGGAGAUGUUUCUGAGUAUAGUUUACAUACACAAUGGACACGAGAUGUAAAAAAACAAACAAAAAAAAUACAAUAUAUUGUAGUAUAUGUAAAAAUUUAAAAAUAAAAAUGAAUACCACAAACUUUGAAAAAGCACUUCAAUAAAGCUCAAAAUAGAUGUUGUGUAUGAAAUGGUAUGCAUUUAUUGAGUAAUUUAAAUAUGUGAGCUAUUAAAAUGCCCCAAAAUGCAUCAUGGACCCUCCUUUAUAUUGACAUUUAAGAAAAAAAAAAAGCUGCAAUGUGCAGGUAAUAUAUUUGGAUCUUUACAAAAAUUUGACAAAGGUAUAUAUACAAAGGUGGACUUUCUGUACUCGUGAUAUAGCUGAGCACAAUUUAGUGAUUUUUCUUACAGUAGCACAUAUCAAGUUUACACAAUAAACUGCUAAUUUGCAAUGUGCAUGUAAAGAAAGGCGAAUAUAAAAUGCUAUAAACCUUAAAAGAAGUUGGUGCUAAAAUGGAUAUAUAACAAGACACAAUUCUGUCACAAACUUACCUUUACCGGCGCCCGCCCGCUCCUCUCCUCUGGCCACGCGGGCAGAACGCACCGCCUGGCCUCAUGGCCUCAAUCCUCGGGCCGCGUGGCCUGAAUAUAAUACUUAUAUUCUAUCCCACGAACGGCUCCCUCUGCUGGUUCAUGGGACGAACUGCAACCCCUAAAAAUAAAAGAAACAGCCAUGAUGUCAUUACCUUAAAGGAACCACAUCAUCUAAGCGACUCAAUGCUGUUUGGGCUCGCAGAGAUGGCGUGGACCAAUUGAAACUCUUUCAAGCCUAUAUAAGGUUUGUUUUAGCCUCCAUUCUUUGCCCUAUCGUGGUUUAUGUGUGGAUCCAUGUUUAGUGCUCUUGUUGAUUCCCUUGUUAUUUCCUGUAUUUGACUUCUGAUUUCUGGUAUCCUGACCCCAUCUUCGUAUUUGACUUCUGAUUUCUGGUAUCCUGACCCCGGCUUCGUAUUUAACUCAUGUAUUCUGGUAUCCUGACCCCGGCUUCGUAUUUGACUUGUGAUUUCUAGUAUCCUGACCCCGGCUUUGUCUUGACUCUGAGUACUCCUGUCCUUAAUUUAUUUUGACCCUGUUUCUUGUUGUAUUAAUACGUUAAGUCCGGCCAUUCUAAGGCUCGGUAAGACGUCUUUCGGAUCCAUCUUUUGUGGGUUUCCUCUUUCAUGUGUGUUGGAGUACGACUCCCGUGACAAAUAUAUACCAUAUGACAUAUCUUGUGGUGUCUACUUUCACAAAGCUAUGUGUUUAUGAGUAUGUGUUUAUUUUUUUAUAUCCUGGCUAGGGAAGGUGCUCCGGUCUUGGUGACUGGUAGAACUUUGGGGAGGGCAUGGAGGGGCAGGGGCAUUGGUACAGGAGCUGUUAGGGGGGUGGACUUCGCUUGGUUUCGAGAUUAAUACUUCACUCUAAUCAUUGUGUGAUUUUAUUGUGAUGUUUACAAUGUUUUUAUAAUAGUUAUGUAAUAACACUGUUUUAAAAUAAGGAAAGCAUACCACAGCACAUAUAUUAUACAAAACAUAUGUGAGGCCAAUACACCUUCUCAGAGAUCUGUGCAUUAAAGGGUUACUCUAAACACCUUGACCACUUUAUUGAUUUGAAGUGACCAUUGUACCCCUAGUCUAUAUGUGUGUUUAGCUAUAAAACACUGAUCUUAUGGAGUUUAACCUAUUUCCAACAUCCAGCAGUGUCACUGAGGCGUAAUUAGCCAGCCCAGGAUAAGUGUUCUGGGUUGACUAAUGUCAAAUCUGUGCAUAUUUCAAUGCAAAUAGUUGCUUUCAUUGGCUAAGAGUGGUAUGUGGUAUGCUGACGUACUUAGCCAAUGAAAGACAGGUGAGAUCAGCAUCUAGAUUCUACAGCUCCAUGAAAGACCCAUGUACCCAUUGGUGACCUAGGUAAGAAGGCAAAACGUUUGCCCCAUUACCGAGAAAAAGGGCAAGGGAAUUCCUGCCAUCAUAACCACUACAGAGGGCUGUAAUGGUUAUGAUGCUUGGUGUAACCCUUUAACGUUAAGCGAAUUGCUGUAUGGAAGGGAUUUGAGUGCUGUAAUCAAACUUUUAAACAUUCUACUCUUUAUCUCCAGCCUUGUCACUAAGGUAAACGUUUUUGGUUGCUAAAAUGUUUUGCUUAUCUAGACAUUUUCACUGAUGUGUUAGCAUGGCUACCUUACAAAAUGUUGUGUAUGUGAAAUUGCUAAAAUAAAAUGGCUUUCUCAGGGAUUUUGACUUUACUUUUUGUGACAUGUUUUGAACAAGCCCUUUAAUAAAUGAGGCAUUGAAGACCAUGGCUGCUCCUUUAGAUUGCACGGUAGUUGAAUUUCUGAUUGAUUGGUGCUAACGAUCGCAAGGUUUCAGUUCAGUGACAUCUGCCUUCUGUGCUCUUACUGGAACAAAUUGUUUAUCUCAUCCUGUAGCACCUGUUUAAAAACUGGGAAUAAAAUCCGUUUACAUAAACUGCUUUUCUCAUAAUUGACUUGACUUUAUUUUAUCAGUUGUAAGGGACAUGUUUUUAAUUGGCCAGUGUUAUGGCCAACAUGACUGACUCCCCUUUAGUAGUGAUGCACUUUUUUGUUUUACAUUGUGUUGGCCAAAUAGCUGUAGGCAAUAUGUAAUUGUAUUUUAUAUACCUGAUGAUACACUGCAAGUUACACUGUAACAGAAAAGUUAUAAACAUGCUAUAAAUGGAUGCAAGUAUCUGUGUUCUAAUGAAUGCUGUCCACGUCAAAUUAUGCCCACACAGAUGCACUUUGGCAUGUCAAGUACAUCAAUUGGAGGUGGACCGCUGUCACUUGCAAUAAUGUUUAGCAGUCAGAUUGAAACAUUUUCAAGUGUAACUUUUAAUCUGUACAAUUCCUGCCAAUUUUACUGGCACAUUGCAGAUACAUCUCAUCCUUAUCAGAAUGUCUUGUAGUCAACAUGAGUCCAUUCAAAUGUUAUAUUUUGUGCUAAACAUUUGGGUCUCGAUUUAAUAUAUACUUGGUUACACUUAAAAAAUAAUUUGUUUUCAAAUUAUAAAAAUAUUAAAUAUUGCAAAUAUCACCCCCCAAAAAAUAUUUUUCAUAAUAUUAAAUCAUUUUACAAGUUUAUCCAAAAUUAUUAAAUCUUUUGAAAAGAUGAGCCAAUAAUUUUAAAUCAAGGCGUGUGAAUGGUUAUAUAGAUUAUGAAUUAUUAUUUUUUAUUUAUAUAGCGCCAUCAAAUUCCGCAGCGCUUUACAAUGAGUGGACGGACAGACAUGUAGUUGUAACCAGACAAAUUGGACACACAGGAACAGAGGGGUUGAGGGCCCUGCUCAAUGAGCUUACAUGCUAGAGGGAGUGGGGUAAAAUGACACGUAGAAACAUAGAAUGUGACGGCAGAUAAGAACCAUUCGGCCCAUCUAGUCUGCCCAAUUUUCUAAAUACUUUCAUUAGUCCCUGGCCUUAUAUUAUAGUUAGGAUAGCCUUAUGCCUAUCCCACCCAUGCUUAAACUCCGUUACUGUGUUAACCUCUACCACUUCAACUGGAAGGCUAUUACAUGCAUCCACUACCCUCUCAGUAAAGUAAUACUUCCUGAUAUUAUUUUUAAACCUUUGUCCCUCUAAUUUAAGACUAUGUCCUCUUGUUGUGGUAGUUUUUCUUCUUUUAAAUAUAGUCUCCUCCUUUACUGUGUUUAUUCCUUUUAUGUAUUUAAAUGUUUCUAUCAUAUCCCCCCUUUCUCGUCUUUCCUCCAAGCUAUACAUGUUAAGAUCCUUUAACCUUUCCUGGUAAGUUUUAUCCCGCAAUCCAUGACCCAGUUUAGUAGCCCUUCUCUGAACCCUCUCUAAGGUAUCAAUAUCCUUCUGAAGAUACGGUCUCCAGUACUGUGUACAAUACUCCAAGUGAGGUCUCACCAGUGUUCUGUACAAUGGCAUGAGCACUUCCCUCUUUCUACUGCUAAUACCUCUCCCUAUACAACCAAGCAUUCUGAUAGCAUUUCCUGCUGCUUUAUUACAUUGUCUGCCUACCUUUAAGUCAUCAGAAAUAAUCACCCCUAAAUCCCUUUCCUCAGAUGUUGAGGUUAGGACUCUAUCAAAUAUUCUGUACUCUGCCCUUGGGUUUUUACGUCCAAGAUGCAUUAUCUUGCACUUAUCCACAUUAAAUGUCAGUUGCCACAAUUCUGACCAUUUUUCUAGUUUACCUAAAUCAUUUGCCAUUUGGCUUUUCCCUCCUGGAACAUCAACCCUGUUACAUAUCUUAGUACCAUCAGCAAAAAGACACACCUUACCAUCAAGACCUUCUGCAAUAUCACUAAUAAAAAUAUUAAAGAGAAUGGGUCCAAGUACAGAUCCCUGGUGACAAGUCCAAGCUCCGAAUAUAUUCCAUUGACUACAACCCUCUGUUGCCUGUCACUCAGCCACUGCCUUAUCCAUUCAACAAUAUUGGAAUCCAAACCUAAAGAUUGCAGUUUAUUGAUAAGCCUACUAUGUGCAACAGUGUCAAAAGCAUUAUGGUAAGCAAUGUCUACUGCACCACCCUGGUUUAUAAUUUUACUUACCCAAUCAAAAAAAUCAAUAAGAUUAGUUUGGCAUGAUCUCCCUGAAGUAAACCCAUGUUGUCUCUGAUCGUGAAAUCCAUGUAUUUUUAGAUGUUCAACAAUCCUAUCCUUUAACAUGGUUUCCAUCACUUUCCCCACUAUUGAAGUAAGGCUUACUGGCCUAUAGUUGCCCGACUCCUCCCUAUUACCUUUCUUGUGAAUGGGCACAACAUUCGCUAACUUCCAAUCUUCUGGGACUACUCCUGUUAGCAAUGAUUAGUUAAAUAAAUCUGUUAAUGGUUUUGCUAGUACACCACUAAGCUCUUUUAAUAGCUUUGGGUGUAUUCCAUCAGGUCCCAUUGACUUAUUUGUCUUUACUUUUGACAGUUGAAAUAGAACCUCUUCCUCUGUAAACUCACGUGUAAUAAAUGACUCAUUUAUCCUUUUUCUUAACUGAGGUCCCUUUCCUUCAUUUUCAGCUGUAAAUACAGAACAAAAAUAUUCAUUGAGGCAGUCAGCUAGACCUUUAUCCUCUUCUACAUACCUUCCUUCUUUUGUUUUUAAUCUAACUAAUCCUUGUUUUACUUUUCUUUUCUCAUUUAUGUAUCUAAAAGAAGUUUUGUCCCCCUUUUUUACUGACUGUGCGAUUUGGAAGCUCUUAUAACUUGCUUAGCCUCUUUCUGCCUAAUCUCAUAGAUCAUUUUGUCUUCCUCACUCUGGUUUUUUUUUUUAUAAUUACUAAAUGCUAACUUUUUGUUUUUAACUAUUUUGGCAACAUCUGCGGAGUACCACAGUGGUUUCUUGAAUUUUUUGCUUUUACUGACAAGCCUAAUGCAAUUUUCUGUUGCCUUCAGUAGUGCAACUUUUAAAUAAUCCAAUUUCUCUUGGACUCCAUUUAAAUUGCUCCAGGCUGAUAAUGACUCCUCUACACAUAUUCUAAUUUUAGAAAAGUCUGUUUUUCUAACGUCUAAAACUUUUGUUUUGUGUGGUGUGACUCAGUCACUCUUCUUAUAUUAAACCACACUGACUGAUGAUCACUGGAUCCUAAACUUUCACCUACAGUAAUAUCUGAUACCAAAUCUCCAUUUAUUAACACUAAAUCUAGUAUGGCCUCUUUACGAGUUGGCUCCUCAACGACUUGUUUUAGAGACAAUCCCAGUAGGGAGUUUAGAAUAUGUGUGCUCCUGGCACAAGCAGCUAUUUUUGUUUUCCAAUUCACAUCGGGAAGAUUAAAGUCACCAAUUAUGAUAACUUCCCCCUUCAUUGUCAUUUUAGCUAUUUCCUCAACUAGUAGAUUAUCUAACUCUUCAAUUUGUCAUGGGGGCCUAUAAAUCACACCCACACGAGUUACUGUGUGAUUGCCAAAUUCUAACGUAACCCAAACGGACUCUAUGUUCUCCUCACUAACUGUUAUCAGGCUAGAUUUUAUGCUAUUCUUCACAUACAGGGCCACCCCUCCCCCUUUCUUGCCUUCCCUGUCUUUUCUAUAUAAAGAGUACCCUGGUAUUGCUAUGUCCCAGUCAUUUUUUUCAUUAUACCAUGUCUCAGUAACAGCGACUAAAUCUACACUAUCAGUUGCCAUUAUUGCCACAAGUUCAUGGAUCUUAUUCCCUAAACUGCGAUCAUUUGUAGACAUGACUAUAAGCUUAUCAUUUUGUAACACACUUGCUACAGGCACCUUCUGUCCUUGUUUUAGGGGACAAUUGGAUUGAUGUUUUAUAACCCUUUUGCCCCCCCUCCUAGUUUAAAUACAUCCUAGCAAAACCUCUGAACUGCUCACUGAGAACAUUUGUUCCCUUUUGAGAAAGAUGCAAACCAUGUUUUUUUGUACAGGUUAUUUCCAUUCCAAACAGAGCUACCAUGAGAAAUAAAGCCAAAUCAUUGCUCCCGACACCAUUCACCAAGCCACAAAUUAAAGUCCCUAAUACACAUCUGCCUGUUGUUCUGAGUGUUAUGCACCGGCAGAACUUCAGAGAAUGACAGUGUGGAAGCAACCUGCCGUAUAUCAUUGGCAAAAACACUAAAAACUUCCUUAACCUCUGAAACCUCAUCACAAAAGGUAAGGAUAUAAUUAAUGCAUUAAGGGAACAUUCCAAGUACUACAACCACUACAGUUCACUUUAGUGUUUAUAAUGCCAGGAGUGCCCGUGUGCCCACCCAAAUACAUACAAGGAUUAGCCACAACAUAAAAAACACUGAUUGGUGAAGUGAAUAGCAUUGAUUAUAUCGUUACAAUGGCACCUGUCAAGGAGUUGGAUAUAUUAGGCAGCAAGUGAACAGUCAGUUCUUUAUUUUCAUGAUUUGGAAAUAGGAAAAUGGGCAAGCAAAAAGAUCUGAGGGACUUUGACAAGGGCCAAAUAGUGAUGGCUAGUCAACUGGGUCAGAGCAUCUCCAAAUAGGCAAGGCAUGUGGGGCAUAGCUACCAAAAGUGGUGCAAGGAAGACAACCAGUGAUUCGGUUUCAAAGUCAUGAUGCACGUGGAGAGCAAAGGCUAUCACAUCUGGUCCAGUCAUGCAGAAGAGAUACUGAAGCUCAAAUUGCUAUUAAAAAAAACCCCCCAAAAAACAUAAUGCUGACCAUGAUAGAAAGGUGUCAGAAGGUGCGUCACCUGUUUGUUAUGUAUGGGGCUACGUAGCUGCAAAACAUUUGAAGCACUUCCAAUUUUGCAACAAACUAGGGAAAAAAAUUCCUUUUGACCCCAGAAUGGCAGUGGAUCAAGAAGCUAUUACCCUGCAGUUGAAAUAUUAUAUCAUUCAAUAUUCUAAGUAUGCAUCUAGUUGCUGUUUAAACAUCUGCACAGAUUCUGAUAAAACCACUUCUUCAGACAGAGAAUUCCACAUCCUUAUUGUUCUUACAGUAAAAAAAACUUUCCUUUGCCCUAGACUAAAUCUUCUUUUUUCCAGUCUAAAUGCAUGACCUUGUGUCCUAUCUAUAGUCCUGUUUGUGAAUAGAUUUCCACACAAUGAUUUGUUUUGGCCCUAGAUAUAUUUGUAUAAUGUUAUCAAAACCCCUCUGAGGCGACAUUCCUUUUAGUAAUUUUAGUUCUAUGGUUUAUAAUAUUUAUAGAUAGUUUGUGAUUCAUUUUUCUUUUUGGUUUGUUUUAUUGUUUUUUUUGUUUUGCAUUGUAGAAUCACAGAAAUGCUUAUUUUCCAAUAGUAUACACACGCUAGAAAAUUUACAUUUAAAAGUUAGUUUUACGUAAUGGUAAAACAAGAUUUUUGAUUUUACUGUAAGUGUGUAUGUGCCUAUAUAGAUAUGUUUAUUUUUUUUAUUUAAAGAUUAUUGCUGACCAUUUUUCCUGUUUCAUAGGACUGCACAUGCUCGCGCUAAAGGGGAUGCUGCUGAUCAGGCAAGCCAAGCAGCACGCCAGGAAUCCGAUAUUGCAAGAGCAGUAGCUAAGGAACUGUCGCCAAGCUUCCAUCAGCCAGGUAAGAAAUGUUUGUUGGAAAAUUAAUAAUUAAUUAUUUCAUUUAUUGUUUGCUCUGUUUUUUUUGUUUUUGUUUUCUUUAAAGCAGUACAAUGAAAAGGGUGCCAUGACUGAUUUUGGAUUUUGGUCCAGAGGCGAGCUACAACAUUGAUAAAAGGAAUGGAGCAUUUUAGUUAUGAAGAAAGGUUAAAAAAAUUAAAUCUGUUUAGUUUGGAAAAACGGCGCCUGAGGAGGGGAUAUGAUAACUUUAUACAAAUAUAUUCGGUGCCAGUACAAACCUUUAUCUGGAAAUCUAUUCAUAAACAGGGUUAUACAUAGGACAUGAGGUCACACAUUUAGGCUGGAAGAAAGGAGAUUUCAUCUAAGGCAAAGAAAAGUUUUUUUUACAGUAAGAACAAUAAGGAUAUGGAAUUCUCUGCCUGAAGAGGUGGUUUUGUCAGAGUCCAUACAGAUGUUUAAACUGAAAUUGGAUAAAUACUUACAAAAACAUAACAUACAGGGAUAUAAUUUCUAAUUAGUGGGGUAAUAGCUGCUUGAUCCAAGGAGACAUCUGACUGCUAUUUUGGGGUCAAGAAGGAAUUUUUUCCUAGUUUGUGGCAAAAUUGGUAGUGCUUCAGACCAGGUUUUUUGCCUUCUUUUGGAUCAACAGCAACAACAUUUGUGAGGAAGGCUGAACUUGAUGGACGCAAGUCUCUUUUCAGCUAUGCAACUAUGUAACUAUAUGUAACUAUGUAACUAUAUAAAUGCAUUGCAAAGUUUAGGCCAAAGUUAUGGGAAAAAAAGGACAAAGUUUUUAGGGAAAAAAACAACCAGACUUUCCCUAUUCUUUCCACUUAGCUAUUUUGCCAGAUUCUUGACAGUUUCUGGUUUAGUUAAUAACUUAAGUAGUGUACCUUUUAAAAAAACAAAACAGAAGGGUACAUCCAUUCUGUCCAAUGAAACAUAAAGAUGAGCUAGUAAUCCCUAAACUGCUGAAAAGAGUUAAAGCGGUAGUGUCAUAUCAAACUUACCUUUCUCCUAUUGUUUCCUCUUCUCUUCCUCUCUCAGAAUCUGUUUUUCUUUUCUUUAUUUCAGAUCCAGUUUUCUUUAAAUCAUAAGACAUUUGACUUUCUUUGACCAAAAGAAGAGCUUAAAUCAGUUCUAUUUCCUGUCAGAGAAAGUGCUCACCCUUCUACUUGACAAGGAAAUGGAGCUGAUUUAAGAUCCUCCUUUGGUCUAUGAAAGUCAAGCAUUGGAAAAAUACAUAAGACAAAGUAGUCUCUAAUCUAGAUCAGAAAAAAAGAAAAGAAAAACAAUAGUAGAAAGGUACGUUUGACGUGAAAAUGCCCCUAUAAAAAUAAAGAGCACUGUGUAUAGGCAGUUAUUAAAGUUCUAUAUAUAGUAUAUAUCAGGUGACCUUGUCACUUUAACCUUCUACAGUUGCUUUUUAAAGUUACUUGUUCAAUGGCGCUCUAUGGAUUUAAAUCCUAAACAGCAGAUAAUUAAGCGAUGAGACUACAGGUGAAUGGUGUAUACGCCAAAAUCACUUCAUUAAGCUAAAGUUGUUUUAGUGCUUAGUGUAUUGCUUUUUUUUUUUUAAAUUUGAAAGUUUUAUUUUCAGAAAAAGGAAAUUGAGGGUACAGAAAAAAGAGAGGGAGGGGGGGAGACCUCUCGGUCAAGACAUCUUGUUCCUCGUUUUAUAGCAUACAUACGUUCGGCAUUGAUACAUAUACAGAUUGAGGUUGACAUGGAUGAAUAUACCACAUUGAGAACGAAACGUUCAGUAAGCAGUUUACAAUUGUGCAUCUUUAGACAUUUACGCCAUUCUAAAUAGUCAUACAGACAAGUAUACAUCAUCCUAUUUGGGUAUUGCGUGUCCCUAGUCUGGGUCAUAUGGUAUCGUCUCUUACGGUGUAUGUGGGUUGUUUCUUUAGGGAUGGUUCGUCCUGUCUAGUCAGCUUUCCGCAUUGGUCUAGUUAGGUUAUAGUGAAUGGUGAUGUAUUAGUGAGAGCCAUGGUUCCCACAGCUGUUCCGUGAGCCGUGUUUUUGCAUGGGAAUCUGAGGAAAGUACUUCAUAUCUAUAAAAUUGGUAUAUCUUGUUCAGUAGUUCUUUGUGUGUUGGGCAAUAUGUGCUCCGCCAAUGUAGAGCAAUGAGGUUUCUAGCCGCUAAUAUGAUAGUGGAGGCCAGUUUCUUGGCUCCUUUUUUCCAUGUGCGUGGGAAGAGCAAUAGGAUCACCACCAUUGGUGUGAGGUCAACCGUGUAACCUAAUGUUUUUUCCAGUAGUUGUUGUACAUGUGACCACAGGGGUUUGAUCUUGCUACAUUCCCACCAGAUGUGGGUCAUGGUCCCUUCCCUUAAGCCGCAUCUCCAACAUUUGGAGUCUACUGUAGAAUAUAUUUGAUGUAGUCUUUGCGGGGUAAGGUACCACCGGUAUAUCACUUUUUUGUGUGCCUCUACAUGAGAGAAGCAGGAUGUGAGGCCUUUUAGGGCAUUCAAUGACUGGAGCCAUUGGUUAUCAGUGAGUUCGGGUAUAUCCUCUUUCCCCCAUUGUUUUACAUAGUUAAAAGCAUGUGGUGGUGUAUGGCCUAGAAGGGUCUUAUAGCAUAGGGAUAGUGACUUGGGUUUUGUCGGUGCCGACAUGCAUCUUGUAAUGAUAGUCAAUGUGUGGGUCCCUUGUGGUGGAGUUGUCGGGAGUUUCAAUGUCACCUUGGUGUGCACAAUGCUCUUUAGUUGUAUGAAUUGGAACAUAAAGGAGUUGGGUAUCUUGUAGUUGGCUUGUAGUGUAGGGAAGGCCAUGAGUUCAGUUUGGGAGCAGAGGUCUUUGAUAUGUUUAACACCAUACGUAGCCCAGGAUUUUAGUGACAACCAAUCUGACACUCCUUCCAGCGCCCCUAACGGGGCAUAUACACAGAAUUUUCCUUUCUCAGAUAUGGUGGUUAAAAAUUUGUCCCAUAUAUGUAUAGUCAGUCUAGUGGUGGGGUAUUAUGGGAGUUUCUUUGGUCUGUAAAUUUUGGGGGACCAUAGUAUGUUUAGCAUGAGGUGCGGAGAGAAUUUUUCCUGUUCCAUGUCGACCCACUGAAAUGUGUUUCUGGGGGCAUGGAUACGAAUUGCGGAUUCGAGGAUGGAAGCUUCAUAGUAAGUAGCUAGUUUUGGGAGGCCGAGACCACCCAUCAUUUGUGGGAGUUGGAGUAAGGAUUGAGGUAGUCUGGCUUUUGCUUUAUUCCAGACAAAUCUAUUUAAGGUUGUUUGUAGGGUUUUUAGUUCGUGUGGUGGGACGUUGAGAGGUAACAUUCGAAAUACAUAAAGGAUUUUGGGUAGUAACACCAUUUUAAUAGUGUUGAGUCUGCCCAACCACGACAGGUGGAUGUGUUUCCAUGAUUGGAAGUGUGAGGUGCAGGUAUGUUGCAGGGAUCUAUAGUUAAGAGAUACCAUUUUUGAGGCAUGUAAAGCUAGCUUCACCCCUAAAUAUGUGAUGUGCUUUUGUCUCCAAUCGAAGUUGAAGGCCUGACGUAAUGUAUUUAUCUGCGCCAUGGACAUAUGUAUCGGUAGGGCUUGUGUUUUAUUGCUAUUGAGCUUGUAGUAUGAUAUAGAACCAUAAUCUUGUAGUAAAUCCAUUAAGUGGGGUAAAGAAACGUCUGGUUUGCUAAGGGAGAGCAAGAUAUCAUCUGCAAACAUUGACAAUCGGUAGUUGGAUUGUCCUAUGUGUAUGCCUGUAAUGAGAGGGUCUUGUCGGAUUUUGUGGGCUAGAGGUUCUAAUGCAAGGAUGAAAAGGAGAGGGGAUAGGGGGCACCCCUGUCUGGUUCCAUUAGUUAGGCCGAGUGGAGAGGAAAUGAAUCCAGAUUGGUAUACUUGAGCAGUAGGGUUUUUAUAUAACGUCAUAAUCCCUUGGAUAAGCUUUGGUGGGAGGCCGAAUUUCGUUAGUACCGAUGUCAUAUACGCCCAAUUCAGCCUAUCGAAAGCCUUUUCAGCGUCUAAUGCUAGAAGCAAGCAUUCAGUACUCUCUGAUUCUACAUGGGAUAGUAUGUUGAGUAUUUUCCUAGUGUUGUCGGAGCCCUGUCUCCCUUUUAUGAAGCCUGAUUGAUCAUUGUGUACUAUUUGUGGCAAAAUGGGGGCUAAUCUGUUGGCCAACAGCUUGGCAUAUAUUUUAGCGUCGCAGUUCAGGAGGGAUAUGGGCCUAAAGUUGGAACAGUGGGUCGGGGGUUUUCCCGGUUUGGGGAGUGUAGUUAUGUGGGCUUGGAGCAUAGCUGCGGGCAUAGUUCCUGUUUGAAAAGAGCGGUUAAAUAAAGUGGCCAUGUGGGGUGCCAGAAUGUCUUUGAAGGUAUGGUAAUAUAGGUUUGUGAACCCGUCUGGCCCGGGUGAUUUGUGUUUCGGCAAUUGUUUGAUGGUAUCUAUAAUUUCUUAUGUUGUAAAUGGUUGUGUCAAUUUAUGACAGUCUUCUGGGGUAAUGGAUGGUAGUUGUACGUCAUUCAGGAAAGCAUCUAUGUCUUUUUGACUAGGUGUGGGAUUUCCAUUUUCACCAGCUAAGUUAUAUAAGCUACUGUAGUACUUGCCAAACUCUUCCACCACUUCUUGUGGAUUGGUAAUCUUGUGUCCUUCUUUAGUGAGUAUAUAAGCUAUCUUGGAGGAUGUAGUUUUUGUUUGAAGGUGGGCAGCUAAAAAUUUUCCUGCUCUAUUCCCUUCUGCAAAGAAUUUAUGUUUCAUUCUAGUCAGUAAGUAAGUAGUUUUGGCUAGUUCCAAGUCUUUUAGUGUAGCCUGUAGGUGGAGAAUUCGUUUCGUGGUACUAUGUGAUGGUGAACGCUUGUUUGUGCGAGUGAGGGUGGCAAGUUCCGUGUGUAUGUCUGUAUACGCUUUCGUGCGUUGUCUUUUGUUAAAGCUGGCGUGUUUAAUGCAUUGGCCUCUGAGGACUGCUUUGUGCGCUUGCCAAAGCGUCUCCACUCCUACUUCCUCUGUGUUAUUAAUAGUAAAAUAGGAUUUAAAAUCUUCUGUGAGUUGUGAGACCAGUUUGUGGUCAUUGAGGAGGGUAUCAUUAAGUCGCCAUGUGCGGUUGCCAUUGGUAGGGUGCAUUGUGUUUAUCUAAAUCGUUAUAGGUGCGUGAUCUGACCAUGUUAUCAUGCCUAUAUCUGUUUUGGAAAUUCGUGAUAUGUGUGUUGAUGGAACUAAGAAGCGGUCGAUCCGGGAGUACGUAUCGUGUACUAGGGAGUGGUGUGUAUAGUCUCUUUCUAAUGGAUGAAGGGUCCUCCAUAUGUCAGUGUAACCAUGAGUAUUGAGGGUGUUAUCGAUAAGGGUCGUAGCUCGUGUUCUACGUUGUGAUGUAGUUCGUGAGACUGUCGUGGUCGAAGUGGAAUCUAGAUUUGGGUCUACAAGGAAAUUGGUGUCUCCCCCUAUUAGUAUUUCUCCAAAUUUGUGCGCCUGUGUUAGAGUGAGGAUAUGAUCUAGGAAGGUGUGUUGGUCAGUGUGUGGGCUAUAAAUAUUGACCAGUGUGUAGUGAGCGUUGUUAAUGAUGCAUUGCAAGAGGAGGUAGCGUCCUUUUUUAUCGCUUACUUUUUUUAUGAAUUGGAAUGCUACAUCUUUACUGAUCAAUAUUGUAACCCCUCUUUUUUUUCUUGUAAGUGCUGUGGUAUCCUACCGGAUAGUUUCUGGAUGAGAAUUUGGGGUGGCUUGCAGUUUGGAAGUGGGUUUCUUGGAAGAAUGCAAUAUGUGCUUUGUGUUUUUUUGCUUCCGACAAUGCCAUGCGCCGUUUAUGGGGUGAGUUAAGUCCCUUAGUAUUUAUAGAAAGUACGUUAAGUGUCAUGACAAGGGAUUUCUAAUUUGUGUAUACUUUGCUGAGUUAUCAGCACGGAUAUGGUGCAUAACCAAGUAAUAGUGUGUGCCUCGAGUCGUCCGACCCUUUGUAAUAGCCAUUUAGGCGGUGCUGUAUGUUCGAUUAGGCGGUAGAUUUGUGGUAUGGGCAUGGGCAUGUCUCGGUGGUGGUUAGAUAUCUUGGCGAGAGGUGGAGGGGGAUUGGGGGUAAAACAUACAACAUAUAUCGAACUAUAUACAAAGAAAAGGCCUCUGUGGUGAGACCUAAGGUUCUCCAUUUCCGUCGGGCACUGAAGCCCCUGUGGGGGGGGGAGAAUCCCAGAAAUCUGAUAAGGGUGAGUUAUUAGUGCAUGGGGUGGUAGAGGGUAAAAUAGACUCCCCGGCCGUAAGUAGGGAUGUGAAGACCGGAUAUCCCUGGUAUAGUAUCUAGCUGUCCGUGUAUAUAAAUACUCAUAGAGAACCCGGUCAUUCCAUCUUGGGAUGUGCAAGUCGUAGCUCAUAGAGCCAAAGUACACAAGUCAAUAAGUACGGCAUUCACUGUUCAUUUCUAUCUCUAUUCUAGCGUUCGGUCACCACAUCUUAAGCUAUCUCAGUUAAUGUGCCAAUGAAAGAUGUUGUCUUCAUGUAAGGGAUGGGGACGAUGGGGUAUACACAAGAGAGUCAUAUGUGUUACUUAAGCAUAUAAAAGAGGGGAAAAUAUAAUCUUGGUAGGAUCAACACCUUUGUCUCAUCUCAGUGCCUGUCUUGGAACGUUAAGGUGUGUCCCAAAUUGUAUCUCCAGCCCUGAGGGGUGUUGAGAUAGCGUGGGGAGUUUCUAUGGACCACUUCUCAAAAGGAGUGGUACCAGGUUAGGUAGUGAAUGUAGUGAGUGCUACAUCCUAGGUAAUAUUAUGGUGUUGGUGUAGCUUGGAGGGGCAGCUGACGUUAAUGUUUGUUUGGUUCUGUGGUGCAUCCUCUCCCUCUUUAGGCAAACGCCGGCAGGUGGAGUGGUGUCGUUUAUGUGGUAUGGGUUGUGUGUCCGUGAUGAGUCACGGUGAGCGGGUCACUAGAGUAGUUACUCAGCGCUACGGAUCCGGGGGCAGUGGGAAGCUUGAGUUGGGUGAGAUAGAUACAGUACACUGAUGCAGCAUUGUGGUGACCGCCAGAGGGGUCUAUACACCCACUGGGAUUAAUGGAACAUCAUGUUAUAACUACAUUGAGUAAUAUUAAUCAGACAUAACAAAAUUUGAGCAAUCUGCGACUAAAGAACAUUGAACAAAUCGUUUCCGAUAGGGUGGCCCAUCGGUGGCACGUAGUGCCGUGAAGUCCAUGCACCUGUUUCCACUUUUUUUUUUUUUUUUUUUUUUGGAAUAGUAAGGUGCAGGUACUCAGUCAGUUAACUUAGUCCUAUAGUAACAUGUAUAUAGUUUCACUUAGCUGUGGCCUUUGUGUGCCAAUCGUGCAUGAGCGUCUUCGGCGAUACAGCAGCUUUCUGCCCGGCAGGGGUGGCAUCGUUGCUGACAUCCAAAGGUAUGUUCCAUUCCUCCAGGAUCUUCUUUCCGUCCUCUGGGGUGAGAAUGUGUUUCUCGAUGCCAUUACGUCGGAGUAUGAGGCGAGCUGGGAAGCCCCAUUUGUAUGGGAUAUCUGCCGUCCUCAAGGCUUUGGUAAUUGGCAGAAAGCUUUUCCUUGCUGCUAAUGUAGCUGCUGAGAGGUCGGUGAACAGCUGAACUUUGCUGUAGGCGUCUGGUAGGGUCGGUUGUUUUCUGGAUGCCUGCAUUAUAGCUUCCUUGGUAGUAUAGUAAUGGACUCUGGUUAUAGUGUCCCUUGGGAUGGACGCCGGGAGGUGUUUGGUUUAGGCAAUCGGUGCGUUCUGUCAAGUAGUAGGGCUUCCUCUGGGAUAUCCGGGGCUAGAAGAUGGAAGAAUGUUUUGACGUGGGUGCCCAGGUUGUUUGGGGUGAUCUCUUCAGGGAUGCCGCGUAUGCGAAUGUUGUUUCGCCUGUCCCUGUCUUCGUGGUCGGCUAAUUUUGCAAGGAUGGAGUUUAGCCUUGCAUCCACCGUAUCAUAAGCUGCCGCCAUGUUAUUAUGGGCGCUGAUAAUUUCCUCCGUUUUGUGUUCAAGGUAGUCUGUACGUUCCCCCAGGGCCUUAAUGUCUGCCCUUAUUUCCUUCGCUAAUUUAGCAAAGUCUGCUUGUAGGGACACUUGCAGUCCGUUUAGCAUUUUCUGAAUGGAGGAGUCAGUAGCUGGGAGGUCCUUUGUAGAGAUCGAGGUGAUAUCGCUCCGGUCGGAGCUGGAGGCCGGUGAUCGCGGCCUGCCGGCGCCAUCUUGUGCGCCGCGUGGUGGUGAAGCCAUGGCAGAGAUCUGCAUGGAAGGCGUCUUUAGUUUAGUUUUUUUUGCUGAGCGUUGUGCCAUAUUGCAGAUUAAGUUCUCGUACACCCUUUGGGUUGUUUGGGGGGUAUAUGCUGAAUUCAGUCUGCUGUUAAUCGCUGUGAUUUGGGAUUCUCGCACGGAGCUGAUCUCUCACACGUCCAUCUCCUUGAGAGGUCAGGCCACGCCCCCCAGUGUAUUGCUUUUAAGAUGCAUUUAAAUUGAAUGUGCCAGAUCAUAUUCCCUCUUACAAACUACAGUUGCAAAACCAUCUGUAUCAUUCUACACCCUUUUUUGGUCUGUGACUUCUUCUGAUGCUGCUUGUCAAACUGGAAAGUCUAUAAAGUGUAAUUACUUAGCCAAGUUUUUGGGCAAGAAACGGAGCAGAGAACAAACGUUCCUUGUCUCUGGAAGAGCACUGCAACAAAUACACAGACACGUCUACGAGGAUAACUGCAAUUCGGUGUCGUUCUGUCACUAUAUAAUCCAUGUUCUUAUUUAAUGACCACCACAUCACCAACUGGUUGAUACUUUUUAGAGUUUUUUCUUUCUUCUGCAUUUUUUAUGGUCUUAUUAUAUUAAAGUUCUACACCCUCCUCCUUCCCAGUGUGAUUGAUGUGGCAGAACUCAAAGAUUCUUUGUGCGAUGAGAACUCUUUAGAUAAUACAUCUUUUAUAACAAAUAUUAACUUCCGUCCUUAGCCCUAAAUCCCUCUUUCACUGUGCACAAGUGUCCAGUGUUGUAGGUGUAAAAAGAAGCCGUGCAUGCUACUAAUAUGCUCUAACUCUGUGCAAGGGUCUCCAGAGGCACAGACGGGUAUUCAGUAUGAUGCACUGUAAUGAUUUUAUUAAUAGCUGCUAAUGAAAUGUGACAGAGUCUAAGGUCAUGACAAAGGGUUUGUACAAGACAUUACUAUAAUUGGGUGAAACACAGCUUUUCAUUAUAUACGUUAACUCUUUGAGCUCCGAAAGACUUAACAGCGGGCUUUCUAGUUUGUAAUGGACCAAAUUUAAAUAGUGUACAUUAAAAAUGUGUCCACAAAGCAUUUACCAAGGCUGUAUUUCAACUCGCCAGGACUGAAUAUUCUCUCACCAAUAGUUAGUACCAAUUGGAAAUUUUGAGCCCCAACUUAAGUAUAUGUAUAUGUCGACAAAGCAUGGCAAAAUAUAACACUACAGUUUAACAUGAGAAAAUAGUGCAUGUUCAAAAAUCCAGCACAUAUGAUAUAAUAACUUCUUAUGAAUAACAACCCGCCCCCACCCUCUCAGGUUUUUUGUUUUUUUUAAUUAACUUUCUACAUCUUUCACAUCUGUAACCUUAAAUCACACUCUGCCAAAGCUAUUUUACCAUUUUUAAAGCCAUUCCUUUCUUUCCGACUUAACCACCAUGUAAAUCGUCUUCUUAAUCAUCAUAUUUUAAUUAAAGGGACACUGUAGGCACCCAAACCACUUCAGCUCAUUCGGUUAAACAUUGCAGUUCCAGAUAAACUCUAAUGUUUACAUUGCAGCUCUAAGUCUGCCCCCCUGUGGACUUUUGGUCCGUUAUCUGACGCUGGACAUCCUCACGCUCUGCAUGAGGAACUCCAGCAUCAUAUUUUUUCCCCAUAGGAAAGCAUUGAUUCAAUUCAGCAUUUGCCGCGCAUGCGCAUUAGAUCCUGCUCGUUGCAGGAUGGAGAAGGGGGCGGAGCUUCGACCCAGCGCCGAGGGACAUCGGUGCUGUGAUCAGGUAAGUAAAUAAAGGCUUUUAACCCUUUAUUUACCGGGUAGGAGGGGGGAGGCAGAGGGAUCGGUAGUGCCAGGAAUACAGAUUUGUAUUCCUGGCACUACAGUAUCCCUUUAACCCCUUAAGGACCAAACGUCUGGAAUAAAAGGGAAUCAUGACAUGUCACACAUGUCAUGUAUCCUUAAGGGGUUAAGCUAGUCUGCCCCUUCUUCUCCACAUUAGUACAGCUUCUCCAUACAUACCAGCAUUCUACAUCACUAUGCUUUCUUUCUCCAUCAUGCAAACUAUCCCACUCUUGGUCUUCCUUACUUUACCAAGAAAUAUCUCCCAGGGCCGGCCUUAGGCCAUUAGGCGCCCUGUGUGAAAGUCUUCACGGCGCCCCCACCAAGUUGUCUGUAUACAGUCACACAAACCAUUACAGGCAGACAGUCACACAUGCUCAGUUACAGGCAGACCGUCACAGAGCCAAACAAACAGCUACAGGCACACAGUCACACACACAGUUACAGGCAGACAGUCACACACACACACACCCACACAGGCAGGCAGUCACACACACGCAGACAGGCAGUCACACACACACACACACAGGCAUGCAGACACACAGGUAGGCAGUCCCAAUUACACACACACACACACACACACAGACAUACAGACUUACCUCUUUCCAUUAUGGCUGGAAGGGGGAGUGGAUGCAGUUGGUUGUUGGGGAAGCAGGGGCUGCUUCCUUCUUCCCUCUUCCUGUGCAGGAACUUCGGGUAGGUAUUAGCUAUGCCUCAUGGGAAGCCCCGCCUCACGUGAAGACCCGCCCCCACUGCGGGGUGGAGAAUAAUUAAUCCUCCACCCGGGUACCUGUUUUAGCUCCCCUGACACCGCACAGCUCGCACACCCCUAAGGCCGGCCCUGAUAUCUCCCUAAACGGGGUUCUCCAUCUAGGUUUGCUGCCUGCUUCUGGACAGGUAAAACCUCUUAAAAGUGCAGAUUUUUGCACUAGCAACAGGUUUCCAAAAGAAGAUUCCAUGAAGCGCCUUUCUGUUUCAUGUUUAAUGGCCUGUGUGCUAAUACUGACUGGAUACUACAUGGUUGAGAAUCAAGCAGUGCGGCUACAGAGUCAUGGUCUAUCACCAAAACUGCUUCAUUCAGCUAAAGUUGUUUUGGUGCUUAUAAUUUCCCUUUAAAUUCAGGACUCACAUGGGAAACAAUAAGUAAACUUUACUGCAAUGUAACCUCUAGCCUUUCUAUCACUAUAUAAAAAUAUUUAAAUGGAGAGGAGAUAUAAAUUAUACAUUUAAGUAUUUUACUACAUUUUCUUCAGCAACUACAGACAACACCUAAAAUGUAUUCAGCAGUAUCUCCAGCUCGUGGAAAUAUCCUCAAUAGAUUUCUAAUGUUUUCACUUUACUUAGAAAAUCAUGAUACUUCAUGGGAAUAAAACAUAUAUUAGUUUUCCAUUAUACCCGUCCUGGGUUUGAUACUGUCACAGUGCCGGAAACCGUAAUUACUUACGCAACCCCCAACAACGUAACUAGCAAGCUGGUAGUUGCAAAAGCAAUACAUAAUUCUUUUGAUGUAGUCUACUAUUUCCUCUUUAACUCUGUCUAAACUGCUAAAUUGUUGUAUUCUACUCAUGAAUUUCAUUCUCUGUUGAGUGCUGACAGUUUAACUGCAUAAUAGUACGUUGAAGGCCUGCAUUUUAUUAAAUCUCAAUCUGUGAAUGAACAAACUACUUGUGAAACGGAACGCUCAUUAUUUACCACUCUCUCUUGGAAUUGCAUGAGCACAUUUCAUAAUGCAGUUACUUUGAUAUGAUCAUUAGAAUUCACUUGUGAAUUUUUCGGAAGUGAUAAAGAUAAUCUUCGACGCAGCCUGACAUCCUAAGUGACGUUUUGGCUAACGACACUGGUACAGCUACUUUACUCCUGGCUCUAAUUAAUUAUCAUUUCUUUUCAUCUCUGAGUUAUGUUAAGUUUGACACUGGCUUAAGUGGAAAGCAUACAACUGCACAAAUGAUUGAAAAUAAUGUAUGCUGCUAAAAGUAAUAAUAUAGAUCCACGUUGUAUACUUCUAAUUUAAAGAGCAAUUUAUGCAUAGAAAAUAGCAUGAGAGGCACAGGUUUAACUAAAAUAUACAAUAAAACAGCAAUUAUAUGUGUAGAUUGCUGUUCAGGGGUGCCUGAAAUCUCAGGUUAUGUAAUUCUACACAAUAUACAUUUUUAAUCUAUUCAGUAAACAUUUACAGAAGUACUGGAGGAAUAAAAUGUAUAUUAAAUAUCUGCACUGUAAUACAUAGGCCAAGAGCUAGGCUACAAAGUAUUCCUGUAGCGUAUUUGUUGUGCGCAAAGAGAGAUGACCUUCCAUGUUAUGGGGUGGGUUCACCCAAGUAUUUUCAGGUCAGGCCAGGCUGUCUGUAGCCCAUAGAGCAGCGUAGCUAAGGGGAGUGGGCCUUGACAUUGCCAGGAGACAGGCCAUCUAAAGGUCAGUGGUCAGGGAUUGGUCAGUGGAAAUGGAGGGGUGGAGUUUUAAAGGGGAGUAUAAGUAGUGGCCAUUUUAGAACCAGGGAUCACUUUAAUCUAAGUUACACUUACCUGUUUGUUGUCCCACCCACCCUCCCUUUGCUUUCAGGUGUUUCCCGUUUGGUCACGGCGGCGGGUGAUGGAGAGUAAAGUUGGGGGGGGGAGAAAAGAGUGAGAUGGGGAAAAAGUUUGGAGUUCAGGGCUAAUAGGUAGGCCUUUGGACUGGUUUGGUAGGUUCGAGCUCGUAGGUAGCUCCGAACCGGGGUCUGUAUGGGGUGUCUCGGUAUGCCCCUACACUUGUGGUGCCCUUUGGUGGCAAUGGAUGGUGCCCUUUGGUGGCAAUGGUCAUGUUUCAUGUUAAGUAAAAUGUUCAAUGUUUGGAUAUUAUGUUAUGUUGGGGUGGGUCAUUGUCAAGGGGUUAUUUGUAAAUGCAGGAUGUUAAUUGUGCAGGCCAACGUUGGCCUGCUGUUGACAAUGACCUUUACAUUUAUGUUAAUUACAAAUAAAGCUGUGAUAUAAUUUUGCCAAAACCAUGGUGUCAUUGCUUUAUUGGGGAUUGGGUAUUUGGUGGGGGUUUUUAAGCAGAGGCCGACAAGGCGACUGUGCCCAUGUCAUAUAAAGCAGGCCGACCCACAAAGAGAGCACUGUUUCAGCCCUCUCUGCAUGGCCCUAGUGCCCUGAGCAUAAUAGGCGCAUGUCUAAUGAUGUGUUCAGCCUACGCUUUCUAGGGACAGUUUCCUUGUGUCCCCAAAAGUAAAACACCAGGGAACAAAAUUGUCAAGACCGGACAGGGCUCUAAAAUUAGGACUGUCCCACUGAAAUUGGGUAGGUUUGGAGGCCUGCUAUAGAUUAACAGAGAAAUCCAAUUGUAUACAGAUACUUCCUGCAUCGUUGGACCUGCAGGUCUUAAAGCGGCACUGUCACGCCAAACGUACCUUUCUCCUAUUGUUUCCUCUUCUCUUCCGCUCUCAGAAUCUGUUCUUCUUUUCUUUAUUUCUGAUAUAUUUUUCUUUAAAACAUAAGACAAAGUAGGGACUACUUUGUCUUGAGUAUUUUUCCUACGCUUUACUUUUUUUGACCAAAGGAGGAGCUGAAUCCGUUCCAUUUCCUGUGUCAAUGAGAAGGGUGAAUACUUUCUCAGACACAGGAAGUAGAGCUAACUUAAAGGACCACUAUAGGCACCCAGACCACUUCAGCUCAAUGUAGUGGUCUGGGUGCCAGGUCCAUCUAGGGUUAACCCUGCAGCUGUAAACAUAGCAGUUUUAGAGAAACUGCUAUGCUUACAUUAGGGUUAAUCCAGCCUCUAGUGGCUGUAUCAUUGACAGCCGUUAGAGGCGCUUCUCACUGUGAAAAUCACAGUGAGAAGAUGCUGACAUCCAUAGGAAAGCAUUGAGAAAUGCUUUCCUAUGGACUGAUUAAACGCGCGCGCGUCUCUUGCCGCACAUGCACAUUCAAUGCGGAAGUGGAAGGAGAUUUACCCAGCGCCGAGGGAGCCUGACGCUGGAGAAAGGUAAGUGAUUAACCCCUAAAGACCCUAUAGUGCCAGGAAAACAAAUUUGUUUUCCUAGCACUAUAGUGGUCCUUUAAGCUCCUCCUCAAGAAAGUAAAGCGUAGGAAAAAUACUUUGUCUUAUGUUUUAAAGAAAACUAGAUUGGAAAUGAAGAAAAGAAUAACAGAUUCUGAGAGAGUAGGAGAAAGGGAAAAAAUAGGAGAAAGGUAAAUUUGGCAUGACAUUGUCACUUUAAAGUCAAUGCUGUAAUAAACAUGAACUGUUGGAGUGAUAAUUAAAAAUAAUAAUUUAUUGUUAAAAUGUAUUGAGACAUAUAUAUAUUGAGGCAUUUUCCAUCCGAAUCCCUAACUUUUACUAACAGAGUAUAAUGAUUUAAAAUUUUACCGUUUAAUAAUAUUUCUUCAGUUGGCAAUCGUGUCUUCAGUACAGGUUAUGAACAAUUUGUGAGUGCAACUAAGUGAGUCACUAUCUUGGCAUACACACGGCACCGUACUCUUCCUGCUACAUUCAUAGAGUUGGCAGGAUGACGGUUUUGUUCCUUCUCAAGAUUGCAUUUUUGAGCUAAUGCCCAUUUCUAGAAUAGAUAACGGCUAGCUUAAUUGACUUUGUCAAAUAAGUGUUGAAAGUUCUGUUAAUACCUGCAUAUUGCUUUUUUUAUCACAUGUUUUGUGUUUAAAAUCUGUGUAUAUAUAAAAUAAAACAGAACUGUUUAAAGAAAAGUAGCAGUCAUGCUUAUAGUAAAUAUAGUGUUUUAUAUACCAAACAAAGGCCCAGCAUGUUAUAAUUCUUAGUGUACAUUACACAAAUAAUAGCAUUGAGCAAGAGUUUGUCUCCAGUGUAAGAGCUGAAUAAUUUUUUUUUGUAAACCGGUCACAUUUUCUGCUUCUUAGCACUUUUCUUACUGAAUGUAAGAAAAUGUUGAGUCUGCAAUAGGAUCUGUAUUCUGCUUAGUUUUCAUUGGAUACAAACUAGCUCAGUAAAAAUGAUGUACUAUCAACUCAGCUAGUCAAACCUCUUCUACAACUAGAUACAGUAUUCAGAAUAUAAUACCAAUAUGCUUUAGAAUGCUUAGGCACAGUGCCCAGAAAUACUGCUUUAAUCAAGUUACAUUUUGCUCCAGUCAAAUUUGCUCUCAGGCGGAUUAAAUCUGGUAGUGAUAAGACUUCAGCAUUUGGUUACGUCCAAACUGAGCUUCAUCAGAAUUUGGUUUUUUUCUGUAUCUCUGAAGCACUAUGCAAACGUAUACUUGGGUAAACGACAAGUCGAUGCCCAAAUAUGUUCAGAUGCUUUCAGAGUCAAGGUUCCGCAUGUGGUGCCAAAAAGGGGGGAUGGAAUGGAGAGGAAGCAGAUAGUUUGCCAUGAUGGACAAAAUAUCUGCCCAAUGUGGUGGGCUGCAUCUCCUGUCCAGUUUAGAGGUGGAAAAAAAGGUGAUUGAUGGAUAGGGAACAGCCACUAAAUGUUGAUUUUAUUUACAGAUCAAGUGAAGGGACCAACAGAAAGGAAAUGAGGAGCAAGAAAACCACAAUAUUUCCAAGCAGGAUUUUUCUAGAAAUUCUGACUUCUGCUCCUAAGAGAGACAGACCCACAGACAGGAACUGUCUGCUUUUACACUAGCUGUGCCUAUAUGGGAGUGUGGUAUGUUUGUGUCAUUGAUCCUAUUGUGAGACUGCUUUGGCUUAGGUUACUGCUUUGCCUGCCUGGCUUGUGCCACUUACACCAAUUUUGAGUGGGAGACAGCUUGGGUCAUUGAUAAAAUAUGUGAAUGACUAAUUUUGACGGUAUUGGAAUUACACUGAAAUAUGUCUCCGUAUUUUUUUUUUCUCCGCCUGACAUUUCUAGACACUGGGCGGAGUAACCAGUAACGACUGCAGGGAAUCAACUCUGUCAAUUUCGCAAGACCCCCAUAGACCUCAAUGCUGUACUCACACAUGUGCAAGAGUACAGCAGUGACAUGGGCUCCAGGUGCUGGACUCAUGGAGGGAAUGACACAGCUGGAGGUGGUGGGGGAGGGAAUUAUACACAUGGAAGCCCUGGGGGGAAAGGAAUAAUAUGUGUAUGGGACGUCAGAAUGAUAUACAUAGAGGAGCAGGUAGUAGAGAAGUCUAUCCUAGACUUAAAAUAAGGCCAGGGACUAAUGAAAGUAUUUAGAAAAUUGUGCAGACUAGAUGGGCCAAAUGGUUCUUAUCUGCCUUUACAUUCUAUGUAAUGAGAAACAUGGAAGGACUGGGGGCAGGGAAUAAGACACAUGGAAGGGCUAGGGGGGGAAUGAGACACAUGGAGGGGCCGUGGGGAGGGAAUGAGACACAUGGAGGGGCCGUGGGGAGGAAAUGAGACACAUGGAGGGGUUGGAGGGAGGGAAUGAGACACGUGGAGGGUCUGGGAGAGGGAACAAUACACAUUGAGGGCUGGGGGAGGGAGCGCUAGGGAGCGAAGGGAAUGAUAUGUGUACGGGGCGUGAAAGGGGUAAUGAUACAUGGAGGGGGAAGAGGGAAUGAGACACAUGGAGCGACUGGGGGGAGGGAAUGAGACACAUGGAGAGGCGUGGGGGGUGGGAAUGAGACACAUGGAGGGGUUUGGGGGGUGGAUGAGACUCCUGGAGCCACUAGGGAGUGAAGGAAUGAUGUGUUUAUGGGGCAUGAGAGGGGUAAUGAUACAUGUUGUGGUGGGGGGAGAGGGUAUGAGACACAUGGAGGGAAUGAGAUACGUGGAGGGGCUGGGUGAGGGGAUGAUACACAUGGAGAAGAGGUAAUGAUACACAUGUAUGGGCUGGGGGAGGGAAUAAGACACAUGGAGGAGGAAAUGAGUGACAUGGAUAGGCUGGAGGGGGGGAUAUGAGACACUUUUGAAGGAUGAGACAUGGGGUUGACCCAAGGGCACUUUUCGCACCGGGCACGUUGAUUUCUAGUUACGUCUCAGCUAUGAAGCAUCCAGUUAUUGUUAUGAUCAGGGACUUCCCAACUCAGUACAAACUGUAAUGGUGAGAGAUAUGAAAUACACCUUACUGUGGAUUUCUUUAUGAUUAAAUUCUGGUAUCAUGUGCUGUUCACCAUUUUAUAUGUCAAUUAAUGUAUAAAAAGGUGAUAUCUCUAGAAUUAUCUAAUAGUAAUUACAAGAAAGUAUACUGAAUUAGUAUAUCUAUUGGAGUAUAUAGUAAUAGCAUAGCUAACAAAAUAUAGUUUAACAUGGUUUAUAAAAUGCUAAUUCACAUACAUGUAAGCAUUUAUGUGUUAUUUUGGUGCUUGUCAAUGUUUAAAAUGAAGGAGAAACAAAUGUGAUCUGCUUCACGGGCACAGCACGCUAGAGUUUCACCUUUUGUGUUACUUUAUUAUGCAUAUAAUUCAUUAAAACAUUUUAAAAAUAGAUACUCACCUUUCACUGCACAUAAUUUAAGGCAAAUACCAAAGUUCUUCAGCUUGUAUGGUGAUGUACACUAAGACCAGGACUUUGCCUCCCAGCCUAUCCAGGUUCUUCCUACUGAUUCAAGUAGGAAAUCAGUAUCAAGGCAUGCAUACAGCAGUGAGGGUAAAUGCUGUGCAGAUCCAUAUAGCAGAGAAAGCACUGAUUAUCUGCUUCAUUUUCAAUAAUUUUUUUUUUUUUUUUUUUUUUUAAAGGGCUGUUCUAAAGGCUCUGCUUGUGUAUGCCCAGUGGUGUAUUUUGGGUUUGUGCUGCUCUCGGCAUGACUAAACAAAGGCACCUCCCUAAUUUAAAUUUGCCUGACCCCUUCCCGUCGAGGCCACACCUCAUCCUGUUUAAGAACCACCCACCCUCUUUAAACUUCACUCCUUCCUCUUUAGGCUCCAGCUGUGCAAGAGGGCAGAACUGGAAGUACAGUACAGACAAGGUAAAAUCCAAAAUCAGAGUAGAAGUCAAAUUUAAAGGUCGGGGCCGGUGGCGAGUAUGCAGAAACGAUGAUACAAAACUAGAGAGUCAGGACUUAGGUAGAAUGGUACCAGUAACUAAAACCACAAACUUACACUGAAGCUGAUGAGAGGUAAGGCUUUAGAGCCAGUAAACGAGUCACAGAUGAGGCAAAUAGCUGCAGGUGAGUCAGCAGGUGUCCAGCCCCCCAUACUGACGGAUGUCAAAAUGCAGUGGCUCACAGGUAGAGAAACUAACUAGAAAAGAUGAGGACCAGAUGUCAAGUUCAAUCAGAUCUCCCAAAGGGGUGGCCAUGCCUGGCAGCCUGCAGAAAUUGGGACAAACCGUGAUACUUAUUCCGCAGCGCUUUGCAAUAUUAUAAAAGGGUAAACUUAAUAAUAAAUGAGACAAUUAUAAAUAUUACAGGAACAAUAUCUUAAAAGAGUUCAAAAUCUACGGUAGAAAUCUUUUAUAAUUGUGAUUGUUCUGUUUGAGGGUAGAUAACCUGUAGGAUAUUUGUAAGAGCAUUAAUAUUCCAAAAAUUAGCCUGUGAGGGUCUCCAGGAAAUUUCCAAGCUUCAAAAAGGAGGACUUAUACUGAAAAUGCUAGGAACUAUUACUGCAGCCUGGACAGCAUCUGUACAAUAUCUAGUUAUGCAUGUUUGUAUGAAUACAGAUAUUUUAGUUUUAGUGCAUCAUUUUUUGCCAUUGUUUUUUACAGGGCCAGAUUAUAUGAGGCAAAAGUUUCAAGAGGUAGUAGAAGUAAAAGAAGUUGUUGAAGAAAAAGUGCAGAAGAAACCACCAUCUCCAAAGGAGUCUCCACAUUUUUAUAGAAAGGGUACCACACCACCCAAUACACCAGAAGAAAGAAGGAAGCAAACAUCCCAGUCUUCUUCACAACCUACAAAGAUAAAAAAUUCUAGCUCUUCUGCCGUUGCUCUUCAUAACCCCGAGAGGAAAAGCUCUUCGAGUGAGAAUCUACCUGCAUCUUCCAAUAAACCUUUACCUGUUAAAGUGCCAGAGAAAGAAGAAGGCAUUGCAAAACCACUGCCAAAGGCGUCUUUUAGCCACAAUCCUAGCAACACCGGGAAUGGAGAACUACAUGCUGACUCUGGCUACUUUAUAAAAAUAAAUCCAUUGCUGACUUCAGAUCUGAAAGCAAAAGCCAACCCAUCAAAACCAUCUGCAUUUACAAACCUACCACAAGUCCAGAUGCCAAGUCCUAAGAAGCCUGUAGUAAAACCAGAUGCCAAAGAAAGUAGACCUGAGCCAAAACUCAAGAAGCAAGAUUCUGUGGCACCAAAGAAUGAAACAAAUAAUAAUGAUUCCCUUUCUACUAUAGGAAAUGGAAUCAAUUCUGUAAGUAUUACAUAACUGUACUUUUUAACAUUGCCUAUUACAUUUUUUCUUUUUACCUCUGUCCAUCUAUUGAUUCACAAAAUGUAAAAUUGAUAUUAAUAAAAAAAAAAAGUUAAACUUUAAUAGAACACUAUAGGGUCAGGAACACACUCAUGUAUUUCUGACCCUAUAGUGUUAAAAGCACUAUCUAGCCCUCCUGGCCCCCCUUACUUCCCUAAAUAUAGUCAACGCUUACAUUUAUGCCAGUCUGCUGCUGGAUCUGCCCUUGAUCUGCCUCCUUGGCUGACAUCAUCACAAGUGGUGAUCGCAGCCAAUCACAAUGCUUUCCCAUAUUAAACCAUUGGGUUGGCUGAUAUUGUCAAGGAGGCAAAUCAGGGGUAGAAUCAGCACAAGCCAAACACAGCCAAACAAUGCAUCUCUAUGAGGAAAGUUCAGUGUCUCCAUGCAGAGUCUGAAGAUACUGAAUGUCAGUCACACUGUGCAGCACUACCUCAGGAAGCACCUCUAGCAGCCAUCUGAGGAGCGUCCAGUGAAGGUAUCCCUAGGCCUUUUCUCUGAAAAAACUGUGUGUAUUGCAAAAAGCCUGAAGGGACUGAUUACACUCACCAGAACAAAUACAAUUUGUACAACUUUAAGAAACAUUCAGAAUGAAAAUGCAUUAGAUUUUUUUUUACCCUGAUGACUCACUCUAAGAUAAUAGUAAACUUUCUAAAAGAAUGCAAUCAAAUAAUAUCAUCAUAUCUUUUUUUAUUAUUUUUAUUGGCUUCAAAUGACUGAUCUAUUUUUGCCAUUGUUAGUCUGAAAUAAAACUUAAAUAAACAACUAAUUACAACAUCAUGGGAACAUUGAAAAUUGGGAGAGUUGUAAUUUUAGCAACAUAAGUUUCAUUGCAAUUUGUAUAAAGUCAGACAGCAAUUGAUAACUGUAGAGAAACAGAGAAACAUUGAUGUAAGAGAUUAACUAUAUUUUUAGCGAUCUCAGUACUGCUGAUCCUUUUUUUGAGCUUUGUCUUGAUCCUGAAGAGAAAUAGAACAUUUACUGUCCAGUAAAACACAAGUUUCAGUGCUUUUUGUUUGAGGUAUCCCCAGAAAUCCUAUAUUGUUUUCUUAAUCCGCAGGCAUUGCUCUGUCAAGAUACACCGUUUGUGUUUGGUGAAUUUUUCAUGUGAAAAAAAUACACAAUCCAAAAUGCAAACAAAAAGGACAUUUUAAUAAAAUAUGAAAUUCUGCCCUGUCGCGUGGACCCCCGAUUACGUGUGAGGACUCCCAUUUUCAAAGUGUGAAAAAUACACUUAUAGAUAAUAUAAUGUAAUAUACAUGCAAAGUAACCUAAACAGAAACUGUUACUUUCAUGAGUUUAUAUUCGAAAGCAUGGGCUUAUCACCAGUGGGGAACCUCAGGGAGCUGUACUUGGAACCAUUCUCGUUAAUAUUUUUAUUAGUGAUAUUGCAGAAGGUCUUGAUGGUAAGGUAUGCCUUUUUGCUGAUGAUACUAAGAUAUUUUGAAAAACAGAGAGCUAGAAGCCUCUAAAGGAACCAGCUAAAUGUGUGUCAGGGGCGACCAUAAAGGGGGUAACCCUCACAUAUGUGUGUACAAAGAGAAAAGGAGACCCGGUGGGUCAAGGAAAUAGGAAGUCGCUUAAUUAAACUCUGUAUAUAUAAAACAUAGCUUUUAAUGAUUUCUAUAAUAAAAUACUCAUGCUAAUAGAAAAAAAACAAGGAAAACAGAACAAAAUUAAAAAUGGGUUGAAUAGGUUAAGGAAAAAAUCAAUCGUAUCUCCUGAGUGGGAUAUAUACCCCAAUAAUAUAAUCUCUUAAAUGGAUCCAAUAGUAUCUUAGAAGAGAAGGGGGUCCCAAUACAGUACUCGUACCGUAGCUUUAAAUAAUCACAGUCGUAGCAAUCUAUUGUGGGGCUCCCAUCUAUAGUUGUGGAUAACUAAUAACCCUCACAAGGAGCCUCUAAUCGUCACUUAGAGAGCCCUAUAAGGCUGAGGUUACCAAAUAAUGCUACACAUCAAGGAGGGAAGCUGAUACACAAUCAAAAAAGCAAGGUCUGCUACUUGGUAGAUAAACAGUACUACUCGGCUAGUAUACAGUCAAUGGUGGAGUGAUACAAUGUAUCCAAUGCCUCUGUUAGCAUAGGCUGCAAUGCCCAUACUGACCCUAUAUACUUCGUUAUGAAGCACCAGGUCAAGGGGGCACUAGAAAGUGCAACUGCCCUACUUGGCUAUAGUCUGGGCACACAGUGGGGAAUAAGAGGUGAGGUUUCCCCCUCUAAUAGAUCAGAGGUAACAAAUGCCCAAAACAAGUGAUAAAUACCCCUGAUCACCCACAACCCUCAGUAAGGUAGCAAAGUUGGAACGGCUGAAACAUAGACUUCUAUCUAACUAGCUGUCAUAAGCUGAAACGGCUGGAGCACCGACACCUAUCUAACCUAGUUGCCUGUUGCCUGACACGUGUUUCGGCGCUACUGAACGCGCCUUCUUCUGAGGCCAUACCUCGUCCAAGGCAUUGAACUAUUUCACUCUUUUUGGCAGCAGAGAGAUCCUUUUCCUUCCCCAUAUUGCAUGAAAAUGGUGCUCUGCUUAAUAAUGUGUAACACCCUCCUUUAGUAGUUUUUCCUUAAAGUGGGCUCACCUGGCAAUCUAAUUAUCACAGGGGUUCGAGAUUGUUUUAAGUGAUCAAAAGAGCCCUGAGACACAAUGCCAUCCAUGAGCUAAACUGAAAAACAAAAUAUUUAAUCUUUGUGACACUUCAAUAGAAUUUGCAUAAUAAUUUGGAACAGGGUGUAUAUUGUGUAGGCACGAACAUUGUUGCAGUAACCAAGUUUAAUUUAUUAUGCAGGAGGCUACAUUUAUUGUUUAAACUUAUUUUAUUGGUUUUGUUGAUCAAUCGGUGUUUUAAAAACAUCUAGUUACUGUUUAUUGAGCAACUGUAAGCACAAGAACAACUUUGUAUUAUUGAAAAGGUAAGGUGCAUAAAGUACACAGAGCAAACUAAAACGACAGCAAUGUUUUAGAAACCUAGCUCUCUAAUACAGCAACUCACAGCUGUCCGACAGAUGGAAGGCUUCGUUCUAGUUGCAUGUUGGAUCUGCAGACACCUGGAGCUGAGCUCUCUUCCUCUCUGGAGAAACACUGAGCCACUGACUGUACAUGCGCAAACUGUGGUACAAAGUGAACCAGGCUAUGGGUAAAUUGACUGCAGCCUCAGUACGGUGACUAUCACUUUAAAGGAUAGUUCAGAUCAGUUAAUGAGUGGAACUACUCCUGGGAUAAGCUUUAGUUAGGCUUUCGUUUUUAAGCAUUAUCCAAGUAAUGCAUUAAAAUUAUGCAGGGAAAUUAUAUUCCACAGUUUCCCUUUAAGGUGUAAGUAUUUGUAUCUAAAGAGCUACUGGUGGAAAACAACAUGCACAUUUAAAAAAAAAAAAAAAUGAAUUCAGCAGCGAGACUGCAGAGGCAUGAUCUAUACACAAAAACUGCUUCAUUAGGCUGAAGUUGUUUUGGUAACUACAGUAUAGUGUCCCUUUAAUGCUUUCAGUAAACCACCCACCCAUAUAUUUCAACGGAAGUAAAGAUUAAUCAUAGCAGUGAUAUGGUAUCUUGUUUUCAGAAACUGCAUGUAUUAUGGCAAUAAUAUGACUAAAAAGAAAGGACAGAAAACCCCCAACCUUCUAUAAUUUGCUUUAUAUGUAGAAGAGGAAAGUAAAAGCAAAAGGAAGUAUUACAAUGAAUGUAUUUAUACUCUAUAAAUAUAACUUUACAAAAAUAAGUAAUAUUUUAGUAAGGAGUGUCUCAGUCUGAAUUGGAGAAUAAAUGCAAAAAAUAUUCCAGACAAGUAAAUUAGAAACAACAGAGAAAAAACUAUCUCUGCAGGUAAAAACAUUUUUUUUUAAAUGCACUUUUGUUCUAAUGGAUUGUGGGUGGAGGUAAUUUUCGUAAUACAAUCCCCAGCUAAAUACUUAUUUUUGUGACCACUAAAAAGGAACCAUUCCUAGCCCCUCUCUUAUAAUGCCUCUGGUGUCUCCAGAACUUUAUUAAAUCAUGGCAUCUUCAUUGCUCACCUCUACAAAUCUCCUUCGAUUUGGCUCUUGACUGCAGAAGUCAUGUUCAAAACCAUUUUGUAAUCCCUUAUUAGCAGUUUAUAGCUCGCACACGCAGAUCAACUGAGGCGGCAGUGUUGAUUUAAAGAUCCAAUUACUUAUUUAGGUUCUUUAUGCACUCUGGUUGAAGAAUUUUAGGGUCAUAGGGAAAGCAAAACCAGUUUCCGUUCAUCUGUAAACAGAUACCUGAAUUAAUGAUCAAUUUCUAAUUAUUUUUUUCACAAUGAGCUAGUAAUGUAUCUUAAUUUUAAUUUGCACCUUUAGAUCUUUUUUCCAGGAUAUAUAUUGAUUCAACAUCACGUGUGUUAGUAAUUUUACUUAAUUGGGCUAAGCAAGUCUGUGGCGGAACACCCGCUUGUUUGGGUGCUUUCUACUUAUACUGUGUGUUUUUCCCUUGCCUUCAUAUAUUGUACCCCUCUCCCUAUUCGGGAGUGCCCCUAUUAAAGGAACUACUUCGUCUCACGAACGGGGACCACCCUAUAUCCCAUUUAGAACGUGAGUUAGAACAUUCAAAUAGAACGUUCGCACUUGCAACAUAGGUGUGAAACCAUAAGGAAAGCAAUGAAUGAGCGCUCCCCUGGGUUGCCACCAUUUCGUGUAGACGAACGUCAGCCCGGGGGAGCGUUCGUGGAUUGCUUCCCGACUCGUUCGUUCCCCGAAUGAGGACCUCCCCAAUUAAUCAGAACGUUUGCACUUGCAACAUAAUUAAUUAAUGCUCUUUUUAGAAAAAGAAGACUGUAGAUUUGGAAAACCUCCCAAUAGUAGACAGUGUAAAAUUUGGCUAUGAAAAUAAAGCUUUCAGUUAGAUGGAAACACCUUGCACGGAGACAUGCAUAAAGGCCGAGUGUGGCUCAAUAAAAUUUUGUUGUACCUCCAGAGCUGUGUGUCGUCCAGUUACUGGGGAGAAAUGGGUCUCCUUAUACUCUAUGCGGUUCCCCUAGAUGGGGAAAUUAGCAGAGGUAAUAGUUCCGGUUACCAUGGGUCUGCUACAGUCCAUAACUGAAAGCUUUAUUUUCAUAUUACACUGUCUACUAUUGGGAGGUUUUCCAAAUGUAUAACUCUACAGUCUUCUUUUUAUAAAAAGAGUAAAGUUAACACCUGCGUAGUUUGGAUUCUUCGCUCGUCACUCUGUUGAAACAGCUGUGACCAAAGUAUCCAACGAUUUAAUUACUGCUAAAUCUCGCGGCCAUUACUCUUUCCUAAUUAUCCUUGAUCUUUCUGCUGCCUUUGACACUAUUGAUCAUCAACAGCUUCUUCUCAUUCUACGUAAUCUUUGUUGAUGGGAUACUGCUUUCUCCUGGUGCUCCUCUUACCUCUCCCAGCGCCUUUUCAGUGUUUCAAGGUUCUGUCCUUGGUCCCCUACUGUUCUUUAUCUAUACUGCCUCCUUUGGUAAACUCAUCAGCUCCUUUGGCUUCCAUUAUCACUUAUAUGCAGAUGACACGCAAAUCUACCUGUCCUCUCCUGAUCUCUCUUCGCCCUUCUUGACUCGUGUCUCUGACUACCUCGCUGCGAUUUCCAAUUGGAUGGCUUCUCACUUCCUUAAACUCAACCUGUCCAUAACAUAACUUCUGGUCUUUCCUCCCUCAAGUGUUGCUACUCCUGUGCCUGUCUCCCUCCAAGUCAACGGCGCCACCAUCACCUCUACCUCGCAGGCUUGCUGCCUAGGUGUUCUCUUUGACUCCGACCUCAACUUCAAACAACAUGUUCAGUCGAUCGCCAAAUCCGGCCGCUUCCAUUUCAAAAACAUAGCUUGCACCCGCCCCUAUUUAACACCAGACACGACUAAGGUGCUGGUCCAUGCCAUUGUUCUUUCUCGCCUUGACUACUGCAAUCCCCUUCUCAGUGGUUUUACGUGUUCCCAGAUUGCACUGCUGCAAUCUAUAAUGAAUGCAGCGGCGAGGCUCAUGUAUAGCUUGGAGGAAAGACGAGACAGGGGGGAUAUGAUAGAAACAUUUAAAUAUAUAAAGGGAAUCAACACAGUAAAGGAGGAGACUAUAUUUAAAAGAAGAAAAACUAUCACAACAAGAGGACAUAGUCUUAAAUUAGAGGGACAAAGGUUUAAAAAUAAUAUCAGGAAGUAUUACUUUACUGAGAGGGUAGUGGAUGCAUGGAAUAGCCUUCCAGCUGAAGUGGUAGAGGUUAACACAGUAAAGGAGUUUAAGCAUGCGUGGGAUAGGCAUAAGGCUAUCCUAACUAUAAGAUAAGGCCAGGGACUAAUGAAAGUAUUUAGAAAAUUGGGCAGACUAGAUGGGCCGAAUGGUUCUUAUCUGCCGUCACAUUCUAUGUUUCUAUGUUUCUAUGUUUCUAUGUUUCAUUUUCCUGUCCGCCUGCACAUUCCUUGCCUCCACCCUCGGUCAGUCCCUACACUGGCUUUCAGUUAGAUAUAGGGCUCAAUUUAAGAUUCUGGUGCUUGAUUAUAAGUCCCUACAUAAUGUUGCUCCAACCUACCUAUCCUCCCUAAUACACAAGUAUGUCCCGUUGAGGCCCCUUCGCUAUGCCGAAGACCUAUGUCUAUCCUCUGUCUGUACUACCACAUCUGAUGCUUGCCUCCAAGAUUUCUCCAGGGCUGCACCUUUUCUGUGGAACUCCCUUCCCUUCUCCGUUAGACUUUCACCCAGUCUCCACUUCUUCAAAAAAAUCUUUGAAAACACACUUCUUCAGGAAAGCAUAUCGUUUAAACUGUAAGUGGGUUUUAAUUUCCCCCAUCCCCCAUGACUCCUCUCCUGCAUCUGUCAAAAAUAACCAAAGUUCUCAGUGAAUACUUUUCUAGCAACCUAUUUCAUUACCCCUACUUAUACCUUUUGUGUCACUAUACUCCACUUCCUCUAGCAUGUAAGCUCAUUGAGCAGGGCCAUCAACCCCUCUGUUCCUGUGUGUCCAUUUGUCUGGUUACAAUUACGUGUCUGUUAGUCCACCCAUUGUACAGCGCUACAGAAUUUGCUGGCGCUAUAUAAAAUAAUAAAUAAAAACUCUCUAAGAUAUGGUAACAGCAGGAAGAGAUUAUUAAUAAAUAUAACAACCACUAGGGUGGAUUCUUCAACCUUUGGUAAGAGAAGAACCUAAUUUUUCCCAGUUUGUUUAAUAUGCUUCAGUGGUUAAAUGGGAAAAUAUUCAUCAUAGCCUUAGAAUCCAUUUGAAUAUCUUAGCUAUAUUAGAUUUCUGGUGCUUGCUCUUUGUGUAGCAGCUAGAACUUCCCAAACCAGAGGCUCUUCCUUCUGGUCGUGGGUACAAAUAAGACAGAAAAUAUAGGGAAGAAGCGCUUUGCGGUUAAUGUCCUUGUUUGUAGGAUCCAGUGUAGAAAUAUUAAAGAAAAAAAGGGGGAACAGGAACCCAAAAACACAAAGGUAGAGGGGGAAAAAAAAUUAUUGCUCUUACGCUUUUCUAAAGCUAGAAAUUGGCUCCAGAUCACAGCGCUUGGACGAUACAAUGUCCAUCUAUGGAUAUGUACGUGUAGUGCUCUUUUUAGACAUGUCUUUUGGCCUGUGGUCCACAUUGUAUAGCCAGCUGUGUAUGUAUGGAUUGCAGCGCCAGCGAUAUUAAAUGAAUGUACACACAGAAAAUAGUGCUCUCUAUUAUAUAAAACUGAUAAAAUAAAAAAAGGAGAUAUACUCACAGUGGAUGAGCAAGUAGGUAUUGCUAAAUUUUAAACAGCAUAGGUGUUGUUCCACCUAUGAAUAUAGCACCUAUGCUGUUUAAGAUUUAGCAAUACCUACUUGCUCAUCCAUUGUGAGUAUAUCUCCUUUUAUUAUUUUAUCCGUUUUAUAUAAUAGAGAGCACUAUUUUCUGUUUGUACCUUCUUUUCAUAUCGCUGGAGCUCCAAUCCAUACAUACACGGCUGGCUAUACAACGUGGACCACAGGCCAAACUACAUCUUCAAAAGGAGGACUAGGACCACCUACAUAUCCAUAGACUGGGAUUAUACCGUCCAAGCCCUGUGUUCUGGAGCAAAUUUCUAGCUCCAGAAAAGUGUAAGUGCAAUAAAUCUCUUUUCCUCUACCUUUGUAUUAUACAAUAUACUUCACUAUAUUUGGAUUCCUGUCCCCCUUUUUUUCUUUUAUAUUGCUCCCCUGGAUCCUACAAACAAGGGCCUUAACCUGCAAAGAGCUUCUUCCCUACAUUUCCUGUCUCAUUUGAAUAUCUUGAUAAAAUAAUUUAAAAAGUCUUGCAAUGGCUCACAAUUGCCAGUAACGGGGUGAAAAUGGCACACAGGAUGUACUCCUUAUUGUGCUAGAAAGCCAGAAAGUCAACUACGAUUAAGAAAAGAUGUGUCCUUUUAUGUUCUGUGUAACCUGUAUGAACCAAAUAUAUUAUACAUCUCAUGCCCUCUUUGGUACUUUCUAACAAUAUCCAUCUGAAUUUCAUAUUUCCCCAUAGGUUCUGCCUACCUGGAAGACUAAUAUUAGAAUGAAUCCAGUGAGUUAAUUAGUUGCCCAGAAAAAUUAAAUAGUUGAUAGUGAUAUUGUAAUGUGAAUUAUAGCCUUGUUAUAGCACAAGUCAACACUCUACAUAUACUGUAUGUUCAAUCCAUCAAGGGUCAACUUUUUCCAAAACCAGAAUCUUGGGUUUUAAUGUAUCUGUUGAAAUUGUAAUUUAUCUAUCUAUCUAUCUUUUUAUUGGACUAAAAUAAUAUUUAAAAGACAAGCUUUCAAGAGUUAUUCUCUCUUCCUCAGGUGUAAAGCAAUGAAAAGAGUAUUGCUUCAGACCUGAGAAAGAGAAGAUAACUCUCAAAAACUUGUCUUUUAAGUAUUAUGCUAGUCCAAUAUAAAGGUAUCACUGCAUGCUGCAAUACUACUGGUUAUUUUAGCAUCUUGUCUACUGGGCUAAUACGGCCAGUCUACAUUACAAUACAUAUAUAUAUAUAUUGUAAAGAAUUACAUACAUCAUUUAAUACAUUUUGUAAAAGAAUAUGAUCUACAAGGAGGCUAAGACAAAGAAGACAUAAGGUUUUACAAAAUGUUGGGGGUUGAGUUAUGCAGUAGGUAAAGAAUAUGGAGGGUUAGACAGGUGGGAUCAGCAGAGGAUUAGAAUGAGUUUUAGUUGGAUUAAUUAUAAGCUGUUGUGAAGGAUGUAUUGAUGACUGAGAGUAAGGGGAAAGCUGUAGGUUAUUUGGAAGUGAGUUCCAGUGAUAUAGAGGUAUUUCAAGAAGGAUAAGGUUAGAACAGACACCGUUCAUGGAAAGAACAUACAGCCCUUGUAGGGGUGAAUUUAGAGGAGGAAUGUUUGGGGAACCAGAAUACUGUAGUUAAUUUUAAUAUUAACGGAGAAAGUGUAAAGGACCAUUAUAGUAGGAUAUUGGAUAGAUUGCAAUAGGUUGAGUGAAUAAGUUAAUGUAUUUAUGCUGUGUUUGGCUUGUUAAUGUGUUCCUCUUCUUAUAUAAAUUUUGAAACCUUAAUAAUAGUCUUACACUAUACUAUAUGUAGGGGUAAAUUUCCACACCUCAAGUAACAGUCUAUGCAUCUGACAGUUUGGGGGAUGCAGUUGGUAUAAAUAUUUGCAGCUUUUUUUUGUGUUUAAAAUGAAAUAUAUUUUUGGGGGAGUGGCCACGACCUGGAUGUAGACGGAUGCGCUGAGUCAGAACUCCGGCGACGGCCAAAUAUAGCAUGUUUCCACGCAAAGAAAGGGUAUAUUCCUCACUAAAAGAACGAUCCAGCUCACCCGAAAGGAUGGCGAGCAAAUCGGCACGGAAAACCAAACAUAAGACCCCCUCGUUACAAAUCUCUGCCUUGUUCCCACUGAGCAAGCAUGCCCAAAAUGGCACCAGGGUAGUACACUCUCCUGCAUCUGAGUCGAGCCGGAGUGACUUAACCUUGAUCUCCCAAGUUGCAGUAAUGCCGGUUGAAGACAGCACUCUCCACAAGAUGCUGGAAGACCUGAAAGCUACAAUAAGGUAAGACUUCCAGAAAUUAGCCUCAGACAUAAGGAAGGAUGUGCAGGCUAUCGGUGAGCGCACUGCCCACUUAGAAGAUAAUACCGAGGAGCUUAUAGAGGCCCACAAUACACUUGUUGAUGCCUAUACCAGCUUCACAGAAAAAUUACACAUGCUGGCUGGAAACAAAAGUUAUUGAUCUGGAGGAUAGGGCCUGCAGGAACAAUAUCUGCCUGCGUGGCAUUUCAGAGGAGGUCAAAGCACCAGACCUACAGGACUUUCCACUCCACAUAUUUCAGGUAUUGCUAGUUGGGGAUUUAGAGCUAGAUAGGGCUCACAAGCUGAUGAAGCCACAGAUUUUACCGACAGCGGUCCCACGGGACGUUAUUGUCCAGGUCCAUUUCUCCGCUACAAAGGAGAAAUUGAUGCAGGCAGCCCACGAUUCGACACGGCUAACGGGAAAAUUUGCUGGCAUUCAACUCUUUGUGGAUUUAUCCCCAGCCACCCUGGCCAAGAGAAGAGCCAUUACCAGGGCAUUGAGGGAGGCGCAGAUUCCCUACAAGUCGGGAUUCCCUACCGGUCUCAUCAUCCACCAGAACAGAGCAAAUAAAGUGGUCCCAACUCCGGAAAAGGGACACAUGCUGCUACCUCAAGGGAACAUUCCCCUACAACUGGAAGCAUCGCCAUCCAAGGGCCCAAAGACAGCCUCAACUCGCAUAACACGGGACUGGCAGAAGAGAGCGGCUGCACAAUGACCUACUAACCAGGGCUCCGGGUCCCUCUGCAUAUGCUCCCCGCCGAAGGGCAAACCAGGUCGAGAAAUUGGUGCAGUAUAAUUUCCCGUAACUAAUUACUACCCAUCUGAAUCUUUUAGAAUCUCUCUCUACCUACUUAACAUCUAUGUUGCUAUAUAAUGCGAUCUGGUCUGUAAAAAAAAUAAAAAAAAUAUAUAUAUAUAUAUAUAUAUAUAUAUAUAUAUAAACCGGGUUUGGGGGAACCUGUAUACAGUUUGUCAGUUUUAACCAUUGCACAAUGUUUGUUUUUACAUUUUGUUUAAUUUUACUUUUUUACUACUAUAGUACAAUGUACAACCUACAGGAUGAUGCACAUGUCCCCACACUACAACAGAUAAAUACCUUUCUAGACUCCACACACCUCCCCCAGCUGCAGGACCCAGACAUAUCUAACCUCACAAAUUGACGGACUACGAACGCACAUCAAGACCUUGCCUCUGGCCAAAAGCCCAUGGCCAGAUGGCCUGUCAGCCACAUACUACAAAACCUUCCAAAAUCAGAUGGACUCCCACUUAGUAGACUAAUUCAACCAGAGCUUUAACACUGGAUCACUCCCUAAGGAGAUGCUCCUGACACACAUAGUUACUCUACCGAAACCGGGGAAAAUACCAACCAUCUGCUCAAACUUUAGACCGAUUUCCCUUUUGAAUACAGACACAAAGUUAUAUGCCAAAGUACUAGCAGAUAAACUUAGCUCGCUCCUGUCAAGACUCAUCCACUAUAACCAGUCAGUCUUCAUUAAUGGACGGCAAGGGUUAGAUAACUCCAGGCAUCUCUUGAAUGUGAUCCAUUGCCUUGGUGUGGACUCGGUCGAGGGCCUUCUCUUAGUGCUGGACGCGGAGAAGGCCUUCAAAAGAUUCAACUGGCAUUACAUGAAGGAGGUGUUGGGACGAUUCAGAUUUCCACAACAACUCAUAACAGCGAUAAUGGCGCUGUACACAUGUCCAUCGGCUAGUGUUUCCAACGCAAGGUCCAUAUGUCCUCCAUUAGAUAUUACAAAUUGAACUAGGCAGGGAUGCCCCCUAUCUCCCCUGUUGUUUAUCCUUUGUUUAGCACCAUUAGCAUAAUGUAUACGAACCUCCCCUGAUAUCCAUGGAGUACCAAUUGGCGAGCGGACACAUAUUAUCGCUAUUCGCCGACGAUAUAUUAACGAUAACACGCCCUGAAACAACCCUUACAACCCUGAUGAAGCUGUUGGCAACCUUCGGAUCUCUUUCUUACUACAAAUGUAAUGCUAAUAAGACUCAGGCUUUAUCUAUUGAUAUGCCCCGCAUUAAACAACUAUCUCUUUCAAAACCUUUCUUUGACUGGAGAGAGGACUAUGUGGUCUAUCUGAGAGUACGGAUUACUAAAACAUAUGUAACACUAAUCAAACACAAUCACCUACCACUGCUGCAGGCAUUACUGCAAGAGUUAAAUAACUGGAAGGAGGUAAAAAUCUCCUGGUCAGGACGUAUAAAUGCACUAAAGAUGGGGUCUCUCCCCAAACUACUGUACCCCUUAAGAAUGCUCCCGAUUCCAGUACCAAAGAGCUAUUGUGAUAAAGUGCAAAAUCUUUCAUUUGGAACAAAAAAAAGUAGCAGGAGACACUUUGCAGAGGCCUUACCUGGAAGGGGGCAUGGGAGUCCCCCUAGGUGCGGGUAUACUAUAAAGCAGCUCUGAUGUCACAGGCCAUCAACCUUCAUGUACCCGAUGGGGUGUUGAGCUGGAUGGACAUUGAACGAGAGCAGCUGCGGGGAGACUCGUUGCUGUCACAUAUCUGGACCCCACAUCCAUGCGAGCUGGGACUCUCCUGUUAUACCCGACCAAACAGGUGACCAUUUCCAUAUGGGACACAUUUCAGAAUAGAGCACACUCGCCUUCCAAAUUCCACAGGAUGGCACUACUGACUGCGCUGAGAGUGAUAUCUCUGUGGAUAUCCAUGCGCCAAUGGGAGGCUAGGGGGAUUAGGAGCCUUUCACAAUUUGUUUCUGGAGGAGCAUUGGUCCCCUUUCCUGUCUUGCAAGAAACAUUUCAAUUGCCCUCAAACUUUAAAUUUUUAAACCUACAAAUCAAAAGUGUACUAAUUGAAUAUGUUGAUUAUGACAGGGAUGUCACCAGGGUUUAUAGGGGGGAUCUCCAACACCUACUGGCCUUUUGCUGGUCUACUCCGUUGAGGCCCAAACUCCUCUCCAUCUUCUAUAGAGCCCAAUUAGCCGCCAAGACUGAGACCCCCAUGGUCCUUGUAGCGCAAUGGGAAAAAGAUACUGAGAAAGCAGUCCCACAGAACAUAUGGCUUAAAUGAUUGAAUGCAUUGAGGGGCAUUACCGGACUAAACUAUAUCUAUAAAACUAUCCCAGAGGUGUGUUAGAGAUGUGGUUUGGCUAGGGGUACCAUGUACCAUGUCUGGUAGGACUGUAGCUGGAUACGAACACUCUGGUCGUAGCAAAACUUGUGACAUCCCUAAAUUUACAGAUGCCAUUAGAACCGGAGGUCUAUCUCUGGCUGGAGUUCCCACGCCAACUUACCUUCUAUGGGAGGGCUCUGGUAUCACAUAUCGCCCUCGCAGCAAGGGCCCUUAUAGCCCUGAACAGGAAGUCAAACUUGUGUUUCUUACUGAGGCAAUGAUAAAAGAUAGGGUAAACAUUAACUACACGUAUAAGCGUAUGGCAAUUCUCUCAGUAAAUCUGAGUAAAUAAAAACGAUGAAAAUAUGGGAACCAUGGGAGGCCCGAUAACCGUCCUCUCCCAAUUAACCAGUCCUCUGAACUAAUUUUUUUUUUUUUUAAUUAAUAGAUUUUUGUGUUUUUUUUCCGAACAUACUCUUUAUAAUAUCUAAGUCUGAUGUGUAGUAUGAAGGGACAUACUACAUGAGAAUGAAGUAGCACAACCAGAUGUCUUCCACAAAAUGUAUUCAAAGUAAAAGUGCAUACAAAAAAUAGGAUACAGCAAUAGCGAAAUCACCUAAUGCAUUUUAUGCUCCCACGGCACAUCGUUGUAAGUACACAGGAAGAGACCUAAGGAUGGUGAAACCUGUGGGAUGACAAAGUCCCUUUAACUCUUAUCCUCCCUUUAAAAUCGCUCUACAGACUAAUUUUGUAAAGUGGAAUUUGUAUUGAGGAUUUUUGUAUUAGCAGUGAUGAAAUAAUAAUAAUUUGAAAUGAUGUCACCUGUUCACACUGUGCUUUAUGUGCUCCUGUCAGGUUCCUUCAUUGUAGAGUAUGGUAUCAUUUGUGAUUAAAUUGCACACGGAAAGUGUUAACAGUAAAUGUGUAAAUUACUGCUGAACGAGAAUAACUAUCUGGGGAAUUGUGAUUUACUUGUCACAGCUAGCUGCUUGUUAUGCACAUUUUAAAAGGGGAUUAGAGUUUAUCUAAUAAGAUAUAUAUUUUUGUAGAGUAUAGAUCCAAUUCACAGUACUCUUGAGACCUAGCUGUAUAUACUAGUUUAUUUCUACUACAAUCAAGGAGCCAAUGCUGAGUGGCUACAGAGUAAAUGAAUCAUGAACAAAACUAGACUUGAACAUGUUAAUGUGAAGUUAUCAUCAUAAAGCAAACAUAUUACAUUUGUAAAACCGGCUAAAGAUGUUUGUAAUCAUUGGCUUUAAAUAUUCUCCUUUUGCAUUAUUAAUUAUGUUAACUGUGUUCUAUAUUUUCUUCCACAGAGACCCAGCUCUGUCUUGAUCAUGUUGGUCAUGCUUUUGAAUGUUGGAUUAGCCAUACUGUUUGUCCACUUUCUCACUUGAUUGCGAUUUCUGCUGGAAAGGUAAAUGUUAAUCAAGUUGAUUGUGUUAAGCCUAAAAUUGUUAAUUUUCAGGUUACAUUACGGUUGAAAAAUCCAAAUCAGACUGUUGAUUUAAUAGUCACAGCAAGUCUGAUACCACCUCUUCUUACUCAGAGGGCAAGCCUAGACAAAAAAGGACUAUUUCAAGUUUUAGCCCCAAUAUUGGGUAGGGUGGUCUUAAAGGGUUGUACAACAGCUAAAGUGUUUUUGGAACCAGAGUGGGAUGAGAUAAGCAAAGUUUAACACCCCUCCACUACCCAAAAUUGUUUAUAUUAAUCAAGAGAGGAGAGAUAUUCUGUUGUCAAACUGGGCAGAUUUCCCAGUUUGUGAAUGUGCAUUCAAAUGUUUAAAGGGACACUGUAGGCACCCCGACCACUUCAGCUAAUUGAAGUAGUCUGGAUGCUGUGACCAGGGGCGUUUUAGCCGCGAGGCAAACAAAGCAUUUGCCUUGGGCGGCAUUUUCCAGGGGGGCGGCAAAAAAAAAAAGCCGCCCCCCAAAUGCCCAGGGCAAAUGCCUAGUUAGCCUCGCGGCUAACUGUCAUGCUGGGCGCUGGGCGGGCGGCUGGCGGCUGGCGAAGGAGCACUUCCUCUGAGCUGACUGCUCAGCUCCCUUGCACGCCGCAGAGUGAGGCUGGGAGCCGGAUUAUGACGUCAUCAACCCGGCUCCCAGUCUCACUCUGCGGGCGGCGCGUGAGGGAGCUGAGCAGACUGCUCAGGGGAAGUGCUCCCUCGCCAGCCGCCCGCCCGCCCAGCAGCCACUGGACCACCAGGGAGAGAGGGACCUCACCCCCACCCCAAGCAUUGCCAAAAGUAAGGAGGUUGGGGGGGGGGUAAAUAAAAAAAAAUGUGUUAUAUUUUAUAUGUCUGUGAGUGUGUCUGUUAAUGUGUGUGUGUUUGUUCGUGUGUGUGUGUGUCUGCUAGUGUGUGUCUGCUAAUGAGUGAGUGUGUGUCUGUUAGUGUGUGUCUGACUGUGUGUAUGUGUGUGUCUGAUUGUGUCAGUGAGUGUGUGUGUCUGCUAGUGAGUGUUUGUGUGUGUCUGUUAUUGUGUGUGUGUGUGUGUCUGCUAGUGAGUGAGUGUGUGUCUGUUAGUGUGUGUGUCUGACUGUGUUUGUCUGUUAGUGUGUAUAUGUGUGUCUGACUGUGUGUCAGUGAGUGUGUGUGUGUGUCUGCUAGUGUUUGUCUGUUAGUGUGUGUGUGUCUGUUAGUGUGAGUGUGUUUGCCUGUGAGUGUGUGUGUCAGUGAGUGUGUGUCUGUUAAUGUGUGUGUGUUUGUUAGUGUGAGUGUGUCUGCCUGUGAGUGUGUGUGUCAGUGAGUGUGUGUCUGUUAGUCAGUGUGUCUGUUAGUGUGUGUGUUUCUGUUAGCGAGUGUAUGCGUAUCUGUCAGUGAAUGUGUGUCUGUGUGUGUGUAUAUUUAGAAGGCUUGGGGGGGGGGGCUGCCUAGGGCAGCACAAAACCAGGAUACACCACUGGCUGUGACCUUUUUGCACUUAGUGCUGCAAUGUUAAACAUUGAGGGCUUCCAGAACCCAAAUGGACUUUUGGUCCAUUAUCUGACGCUGGACAUCCUCAUGGACCUCCAGCAACAGAUUUACCCCAUAGGUGGGGGCUAUUAACCCUACGGGGGGUGAGGGGGGGGAACCAUUAUAGAAACUGGUUCACAGCUGUAGAUAAAUAUUGCAUAAGACUUGUAUCCAUCACAUUUCUAUGUGAAAAUAAGUCAAUUUAUAUUAAAUAUUUUAUGAUCUAAAGGAUAGUUCUUUAAUUAUAAAUGUGGUUUCUGUAGUUGCUGUAACAUCUACUACUUUUAUUGAUUUUACUUUACAGAAGUAUAACUAUGCUGAAUACUGCACACAACUAAAUAAUUGUUCUCUUGUUUGCAGAACGUUUAGACAACCAGAGAUAUUGACGCACAAUUCCCGUCACUUGUGUCAUAAGCCGUUUUUAUGGCACCAGUCAUAUCCGGAUACGGGGAAAAGGCGGCUUGGAUUUAGAAUUGGAAGCAAAGAAAGUUGAAACUUGAAAAAAAUAUUAUAUGUACCGGCCGAUGGGUCUGUGAUCAUUUGAUGGUGAUUUAUGGUUCUUGAGGUUCCUUGAAACACAAGGGACUUGGCCAUGUUGGAAGACAAAGCAAAAUCUGCUGAAACAGCUUAUACGGAGAAGAUGGUUACUCCAUCUGUCCUAGAAGAGUGUGACUGGACUGGAAAUGUACGGACCUGCACUUUUAGUUGAUGGAAGCUAGCAGCUGCCUUACUAUUUUGCUGUCUGACGUUUAUGUGUGGAGAUGGGGAAGUGGGUGCCAGAGGAAUGUGGUCAGAGGAUUCAGUUGCCUGGGAUGUGAUUCCAGCUUUUACUCCUAUCUCAGAAGAAAUAGUUUGCAGCAUCACUCACCAGUCUUAUUCCAUUACCUGCUGCUUUUGCCAUCUCCUGCAGAGUUCUGGAGGAUAGAAUUUCAUUUGCUUGUGCAUGAAUGUUUAUUUCUCUGUUUAUUUAAAUCUUAGCGAUAACCAUAACAGGUUGCCUCAACCAAAAGGAAGAGGCCAGGGUGUGGGGGUGGAGUGGGGAGCAGAACAAGUGACAAAUCUCUUUACGUUUCCAGAGUAGAGCUUGCCACUUGCCAUCAAUCACUGUCUAUUUUUGUACAGAUACUUUUUACGUCUCCAUUUAUUAAAAAUUCUCAUGGCCUUUGUCUUCGUGUGGCCGGCAGUGUGUUAUUUUGAUAUACUGUUGAUCAGUUCACAUCUUGUCUUCUUAUUUAAUCUUAACUUUGGCAAGUUCACCAGAAACAAAUUACUGCAUUUUGGUAAUUAAAUGCAGGGAGGAUAAUAAAUAAAAACAAAUCUAAGAAUUUAGGACAGUGUUUUAGUCCCCACAGUUUUAUACUGGUGUAUCCUGUGUGCAUAUUUUUAACAAUAUUAUAUGCAUACACACGCACGGCAUGAGUGUAUGUUAUAUAUGCACCUGGAUGAGUGUAUGCAUAUCUGUGUUUGUACUGAAGUAAUGUGAAUGCAUAUAUAUAUUUUUAUAACAUUUGUAUGUAUUCAUAUACUUCUAUAUAGGGAUGUGUGUACUUGUUAUAUAAAUAUAUAUAUGUGUGUAAAAUAGUUAUAUUAUAUAUAUAUAUAUAUAUAUAUAUAUAUUUACACACAUUAUAUAAACACAAUAUAUAUUAUUCAAGCACACUGAAUAUAUUAACAAACACUGAAAGUGUGUAUAGAGUGAAUUCUAUACUUACACUUGUCACAUUUAGCAUAGCAAAUUAAAUUGUGAGAAGCACAUGUGAUUCAAUGUAAUUCCCUUUCCUUUUCAGGUUAAUUUAUUUUUAUUUUUAUUUUUUUGUUUUUUAUAUAUAUAAUCAGUUUAAAAAGAAAUAUGAUUGUUGAAAAUAUAUUGUGUCUUAAAUGGAUUUUGAAAUCCCUCUUUUACAUGAUAGUUUGACGUGCCAUUGAUUGCACAGCAGCAUGUUUGUACACUUGCAUAUGUAGUGUGAUUUGGUUUAAAACAAACAAACAAAAAAUGUUAAAAAAAAAGCGAUUUUAAAAGCUUUUUUUCUGGCAAAAAAGGGCUUGGAUGAAUAAUACCACUCAUCUCUGCAAGGCUUUCUACAUUUGAUCUUUAGGUUUAUUUGUAUCCAUUUUAAGUAGUCUGUACGGCUUAGUGCAAACGCUGAAUAUUACUGGCAUUAGAAAUCCUUUGAUGUGUCAUAUUAAGCAUGGUGUGAAUGUUUUAAGUCUAAAAUAGGUUAAAACGGGGCAGAAAAGUGUUAUAUUUUUAAAGAUGUUUCCUUCAAAUCUCUUGGCGUGAUAAGCUUGUAAUAUUGAGAAACACUGAUUCAAAAAUGAAAUAACUUGUAUAUUUAUUCAGAUUUUGUUCUAUAUAGUUUUAGUAACAGAGUAAUAAAACACUAAAGUGUUAUUUAAAAUUUUAUAUAUAUAUGUAUAUGACUAAUUUGCCUCCUGUUUAGCCCAGGUGCCUCUUUGGAGGAAAGUCUACAUUUCUUACUGAAAUAUUAAUUCUUAUACAUGUUUCCCAUAUUUUAUUCUUUGGGUAUAAUUGUUAAUGAACAGAUUCUAACAAAAUGUUUAUAAAUUAAAUAACGCAUGUUAGAUUUAUUUGUAUGAUUUAUAAGCUUUUAUAAAACAAAGCUGAAACAGAAAUUGUUGGUAUUUUUCUAAAAUGUGCACAGCUGUAUUUUACAUAAAAAGACUAUUUAUAAUUGGUUGUUAUACCGCACACUACAAUUUGGACAGAAAAUUAAGUCUGCCAAUGUACUUACCAAUGUAAUAUUGUCUAUUUAAUUUUUUUAUUUUUUUUUUUGCUGUGAAAAAGGUCUUUCUUUACAAGGUCCCUUAUUUAUAAUCCUAAUCCCAAAAUGUUUAAUUUACCGUUUUCCAAACAGUUCAGAUCCAAUAAUAAAAAAAAAGUUCCUUAUAAAA